AUGGGCGCCAUCGGGCAAGACAAGGCGUAUGAUCGCCUUGCCAACCCGUCUCGGGCGAGUACUAUCUCUUCAAACCGGUACUCCGAACCUGUCGAGCAAUCCUUUACCCAGGGCAGACUGUGGUUCCUGCACCAGCUGAAGCUCGGUGCGAGCUGGGACACUACGCCGGCCGCGAUCCGACUCCGGGGCCAUCUCGACAUCGAUGCGCUGAACGCUGCCUCGCGCGCUCUGACGCAGCGCCACGAGGCGCUCCGAACGACGUUCAAGGAGCAGGAUGGCGUGGGCGUACAGGUUGUGCACGCCUCGGGUCUCGAAAAAGGGUUGAGGGUUGUUGAUGCCUCGAGCCGCGAUUUGGCCCAACUCCUGGCAAAGGAACAAACCAUGAGGUUCGACCUAGAGUCUGAGCCAGCUUGGAGAGUUGCACUGUUCAAGGUGGCAGAGGAUCACCAUAUUCUUUCCAUUGUUGUACACCAUAUCAUCUCGGACAGCCGGUCUCUCGACAUUAUUCAGCAGGAGCUUGGAGAACUCUACGCGGCCGCCUCGCAGGGGAAAUCGAUCUCGGCCUGUCCCUUGGGUCCAAUUCCCAUUCAAUACCGCGACUUGACGACAUGGCAGAACCAGGACGAGCAAGUCGCUGAGCAGGAAAGGCAGCUCGGAUACUGGAUCGAGCAGCUCGACAACAACACACCGGCCGAACUCCUCACAGAGCUUCCCCGGCCAGCUAUCCUAUCUGGCAAAACUGGCAAGAUCUCCUUCCCGAUCGAAGGAUCGGUACACAAAGAACUCGUAGCCUUCUGCCGCUCCCAGCAAGUAACCGCCUACGCCGUGCUGCUGGCAGCGUUUCGUGUGGCGCACUUUCGCCUCACCGGAGCCGAGGAUGCAACCAUCGGUGCGCCCGUUGCCAACCGCGACCGGCCGGAGCUGGAGCACAUGGUUGCUCCCUUGGCCACUCUACAGUGCAUGCGAGUCGUGCUCGAUGAGGACGACACCUUCGCGUCGGUGCUGCGGCAGAUCAUGUCUGUCAUGACAGAGGCACAUGCCAACCGCGACGUCCCCUUUGAGCGCAUCGUGUCUGCGUUGCUGCCUGGGUCGACAGAUACAUCACGACACCCUCUUGUGCAGCUCAUGUUUGCUCUACAUCCCGCGGAGGAUACGGGCCGAGCCCGGUGGGGGUUGCUCGAGGCUGAGACUCUGCAGAGUGCGGCCCCGACACGAUUCGACAUGGAGAUGCACCUGUUUGAGGGAGAUGGCCGGUUCGAUGCAAACGUGCUGUUCUCCACGAACCUUUUCGACGCAGAAGCCAUCUCCAGUGUGGUUUCUAUCUUCCGGGAAGUCCUGCGCCGUGGCAUCUCGGAGCCUGCGGUGAAUGUGACGACGAUGCCGCUCACCGAUGGGCUUGCCGCGAUCCGGGACAUGGGCUUGCUGGAUAUCGGGACCACUGACUACCCCCGCGAGGCGAGCGUGAUUGAUAUGUUCCAGGAGCAGGUGGCCUUGAAUCCAAGCGCCACAGCCGUGGCCGACGCUUCGGCAAGAUUGAGCUACUCUGAGCUGGAUCACAAGUCAGAUCAGCUGGCCGCGUGGCUGCGCAGACGGCAGCUCAAGCCGGAGACCUUGAUUGGCGUCUUGUCUCCUCCGUCUUGCGAGACCAUGGUUUCCUUCCUCGGUAUCCUCAAGGCUAAUCUGGCUUAUCUGCCUCUCGAUAUCAACGUCCCCUUGGCACGCAUCGAAUCAAUCCUCUCGGCCGUGGACGGGCACAAGCUCGUCCUGCUUGGGAGCAACGUGCCCCAACCCAAGGUGGAUGUGCCCGAUGUUGAGAUGCUGCGGAUCAGCGAUGCCCUGAACGGGUCCCAGAUGAAUGGGCUUGCAGGGAAACAGGAGACUGCAAAACCCUCGGCGACUGACCUGGCCUACGUCAUCUUCACCUCGGGAUCGACUGGCAAGCCGAAGGGCGUCAUGAUCGAGCAUCGGGGUAUCGUACGCCUCGUGAAAGGAACAAACAUUAUUUCGCCCGUCCAGGCAGCAGUGCCGACAGCUCACCUGGCCAACAUCGCUUUCGAUCUCUCAACAUGGGAGAUCUAUACCCCUAUCCUUAAUGGCGGCACUCUUGUCUGUAUCGAACACUCUGUCACGCUGGAUAGCAAGGCACUAGAAGCUGUGUUCACCAAGGAGGGUAUUCGUGUGGCCUUCCUUGCUCCUGCUCUGAUCAAGCAGUGUCUCGCCGACAGACCGGCCAUCUUUGAGGGCCUGGAUAGCCUGUACGCCAUUGGCGAUCGCUUCGACCGACGUGACGCCCUCCAUGCAAAGUCCUUGGUGAAGCAUGGUGUUUAUAAUGCCUACGGUCCAACCGAGAAUUCCGUCGUCAGUACCAUCUAUAGCGUCUCCGAGGCUUCACCGUUUGUCACGGGGGUGCCCGUUGGCCGGGCCAUCAGCAACUCGGGCGCCUACGUCAUGGAUCAGGAUCAGCAACUGGUCUCUCCUGGAGUGAUGGGGGAGCUUGUGGUUUCUGGAGAUGGUCUAGCUCGAGGAUAUACCGAUUCAGCUCUGGACAAGGACCGAUUUGUCGUGAUGCAGAUCAACGGCGAGUCAAUCCGGGGCUAUCGUACGGGAGACCGGGCCCGAUAUAGCCUCAAAGGUGGCCAGAUUGAGUUCUUUGGCCGCAUGGAUCAGCAGGUCAAGAUUCGUGGCCACCGUAUCGAGCCAGGCGAGGUAGAGCACGCUUUACUCAACAGCGACCAAGUACGCGAUGCAGCAGUGGUUAUCCGGAGACAGGAGGAUGAAGAGCCUGAGAUGAUUGCCUUCGUUACCACGCAGGGUACGCUCCCUGAUCACCUCCUCAACAUCAACGGCAACGGCCACGGCCACGUUCCCGACGGCAGCAAGAACGACCAAUUCGCCGUUCACGUCGAGAGUGAACUGCGCCGGCGUUUGCAGAUGUUGCUGCCCUCCUACAUGAUACCGGCCCGCAUCGUGGUGCUCGACCAUCUCCCUCUCAACCCCAACGGCAAAGUCGAUCGGAAGGCGCUGGGUCAGUCGGCCAAGACUGUGCAGAAGAGCAAGCUGGUCUCACAGCGCGUCGCCCCACGCAAUGAGAUCGAGGUCGUGCUGUGCGAGGAGUUCAGGAGUAUGCUUGGUGUCGAGGUUGGCAUCACCGAUAACUUCUUCGACCUGGGUGGUCACUCCUUGACAGCCAUGAAGCUCGCGGCACGCAUCAGCCAGAAGCUCGACAUUCAAGCAUCCGUAGCAACUGUCUUUGAGCAGCCGAUGCUCGCUGACCUCGCCGCCACGAUCCAUCGCGGCUCGACCGUGUAUAGCAUCAUCCCUACGACAGAAUACACUGGACCGGUGGAGCAGUCAUUUGCCCAAGGCCGUCUGUGGUUCCUUGAGCAGCUGAACACCGGCGCCUCAUGGUAUAAUGUGAUGCUCACCGUACGACUACGAGGCCACCUCGACGUGAAUGCGCUGGGAACGGCCCUGCUCGCCCUGGAGAAACGGCACGAGACUCUUCGGACAACCUUUGAGGAACGGGACGGGGUUGGCAUGCAGGUCGUCCACGGCAGUCUUAUGGGGGAGCUGCGGAUGAUUGAUGUAUCAGAGAAAUCCGGCACUGCCGCGCAUGAGGCAUUGAUGAAGGAGCAGUCAACACGCUUCGACCUGACUCGCGAGCCAGGUUGGAGAGUGGCGCUGCUGAAGUUGGCAGACCACCACAUCUUGUCGAUCGUCAUGCACCACAUUGUAUCGGAUGGAUGGUCUCUCGACCUCCUACGACACGAGCUGGGCCAGUUCUACUCGGCAGCUCUACGCGGCCAGGACCCAUUGUCGCGCGUCGAGCCACUCCCGAUCCAAUACCGCGACUUUGCGGCCUGGCAGAAGCAAGACAGCCAGCAGCAAGCAGCGCACCAGAGGCAAUUGGAGUACUGGACCAAGCAGCUUGCAGACAGCACGCCGGCAGAGCUCCUAACAGACUUCCCGCGGCCUUCGAUUCUAUCCGGAAAGGCUGGAAAGGUCCCCGUUGCCAUCGAUGGAUCUCUAUACGACAUGCUCCAAGUCUUCAGCCGCACCCAUCAAGUCACGUCGUUUGCUGUCCUACUCGCAGCCUUCCGUGCAGCACAUUUCCGGCUUACGGGAUCUGAUAACGCGACUAUUGGUGUCCCUAGCGCGAACCGGAAUCGGCCUGAGCUUGAGAACAUGAUCGGCUUCUUCGUCAACACACAAUGUAUACGUAUCACGAUCGAUGAAAACGACAACUUUGAAUCGUUGGUCCGGCAGGUCCGGUCGACGACUACAGCCGCACAGGACAAUCAGGAUGUCCCGUUCGAACAGGUCGUUUCCAGCCUCAUGCCGAGCAGCUCGAGAGAUGCAUCCCGGAACCCUCUGGUGCAGCUCAUGUUUGCACUACAUGGCCAGCAGGAUCUGUUCAAGAUCCAACUGGAAGGGACCCAAGAGGAGGUAAUCCCAACAGAAGAAGUGACAAGGUUCGACAUCGAGUUCCAUCUCCACCAAGGCGCCAGCAAGCUGAGCGGUGAUAUCAUAUUCGCUGCCGACUUGUUCGAAGCCGAAACUAUUCGUGGUGUCGUCAGCGUCUUCCAGGAGGUCCUGAGGCGCGGAUUGCAACAGCCACAGACCCCGAUCAUGACAAUGCCACUCACCGACGGCAUUCCCGAGCUGGACAGGAUGGGCUUGCUGCACAUGGUCAAGACCGACUACCCCCGCGACAUGUCUGUGGUGGACGUAUUCCAACAGCAAGUUCGUCUCAGCGCCGAUGCUACAGCUGUUGUCGACUCAUCUUCGCGGAUGAGUUACGCCGAACUGGACCAGAGGUCUGAUCAGGUGGCAGCGUGGCUUCGCCAGCGACAGCUGCCAGCCGAAACCCUUGUGGCAGUGCUCGCACCACGCUCGUGCGAGGCCGUCAUCGCUCUCUUCGGCAUCUUGAAGGCUGGUCAUGCCUACCUACCGCUCGACGUCAAUGUGCCAGCAGCGCGUCUUCGCGCCAUCUUGGCCGAGGUGAAGGGCGAAAAGCUAGUUCUCCUAGGAGCAGGUGAGCCAACACCGGAAGGCCAGUCGCCAGAGGUCUCGAUCGUGAGGAUUGCCGAUGCCACGAGCGCUGUCGGCCAUGCCAGCUCGCGUGAUGGCAAGCCCAAGCCAACCGCAGGCAGCCUCGCCUAUGUCAUCUUCACUUCCGGAUCCACUGGUCAACCCAAGGGUGUGAUGAUCGAGCACCGCGGAGUCUUGCGCCUUGUGAAGCAGACCAACAUUCUAUCCAGUCUACCGCCGGCGCAGACCUUCCGAAUGGCUCACAUGUCCAACCUUGCGUUUGAUGCAUCGAUAUGGGAGGUCUUCACAGCCCUUCUCAACGGAGGCUCUCUUGUAUGCGUCGACAGGUUUACCAUCUUGGAUGCUCAAGCGUUGGAGGCACUAUUCCUCAGGGAGCACAUCAACAUUGCACUCUUCCCACCCGCCCUGUUGAAGCAAUGCCUCACGGAUGCAGCUGCUACCAUCAAGUCUCUUGACCUCCUAUACGUAGGAGGAGACCGGUUAGACACAGCGGACGCAGCUCUAGCCAAAGCCUUAGUCAAGUCAGAGGUCUACAAUGCCUACGGCCCAACGGAAAACACGGUCAUGAGCACUUUAUACCCGAUUGCUGACGCAGAACGAUUUGUUAAUGGUGUGCCAAUUGGCAGAGCCGUUAGCAACUCUGGGGUGUACCUGAUGGACCAGAAUCAGGAGCUUGUGCCGUUGGGCGUGAUAGGAGAGCUGGUAGUCACUGGAGAUGGUUUGGCUCGUGGCUACACCAACCCGGCUCUUGAUUCCGACCGGUUCGUUGAUGUCACUGUUCGAGGCCAACUUCUCAGGGCCUAUCGCACAGGUGACCGAGCUCGUUACCGGCCCAAGGAUGGCCAGGUUGAGUUCUUUGGUCGGAUGGAUCACCAGGUCAAGGUCCGAGGGCACCGCAUCGAGCUCGCCGAAGUAGAACACGCCUUGUUAAGCAGUGCCGGCGUGCACGAUGCCGUUGUCGUUUCACACUCGCAGGAAGACAACCAGGGAGCCGAGAUGGUGGCCUUCAUCACCGCCCAAGACAACGAGACUCUCCAGGAAGCACAGUCGAGCAACCAAGUCCAGGAAUGGGAGAGCCAUUUCGAGACCACGGCGUACGCGGACAUCACGGCGAUUAAUCAAGACACGCUCGGCCGAGACUUUACAUCCUGGACCUCCAUGUACGAUGGAACGCUCAUCGACAAGAGGGAGAUGCAGGAAUGGCUUGACGAUACUAUGCGCACUUUCCUUGACGGUCAAGCAGCUAGCCACGUGCUUGAAAUCGGUACCGGCACCGGUAUGGUUCUGUUUAAUCUCGGUCAAGCUGGGCUGAAGAGCUACAUUGGACUGGAACCUUCCCAAUCCGCGGUUCAAUUCGUCAACAAGGCAGCCCAAACGUUCCCAGGCCUUGAGGGAAAGGCUCAAGUACAUGUCGGCACGGCGAUGGAUACGGGUCGGCUCAGCGCCUUGAGCCCGGAUCUGAUCGUCAUCAACUCCGUGGCCCAGUAUUUCCCGAGCCGAGAAUACCUCGCCGAGGUGGUUGAGGCCCUGGUCCGGAUUCCGGGUGUUCGCCGUAUCUUCUUCGGAGACAUGAGAACCUAUGCCACCCACAAAGACUUCCUUGUUGCCCGGGCGGUCCACAGGCAAGGUGGCAAGGUGACGAGAUCUAAAGUGCAACAGGAGGUGGCCCGGUUGGAAGAACUGGAGGAGGAAUUGCUUGUCGACCCUGCCUUCUUCACAAGACUCAAGGAAUCUCUGCCGGAAGAAAUAGAGCAUGUUGAGAUCCUGCCGAAGAACAUGAAGGUCAACAACGAGCUGAGCUCAUACCGGUACGGCGCGGUUCUGCACAUCCGUAACCACAACCAGAACCAAAGCAGGUCGAUUCACAAGAUCAAUGCAGAGUCCUGGAUCGACUUCGCCUCGAGCCAGAUGGAUAGACAGGGCCUUGCUCGACUGUUGAAGGAGAACAAAGAUGCCGAAAGCAUCGCUGUGUUCAACAUCCCUUACAGCAAGACUAUCGUGGAACGGCACAUCGCCAAGUCUUUGGCCGAUGACCACGACGGCGAUGAUGCACACCCCUCAAUCGAUGGAGUCGCCUGGAUCUCAGCCGCGCGCGAGAAGGCGAGCCAGUGUACAUCCCUUGAUGUGCAUGACCUCGUGCAGUUGGCCGAGGACGCUGGGUUCCGCGUCGAGGUCAGCUGGGCCCGCCAAAGGUCCCAGAACGGCGCUCUCGAUGCUUGUUUCCAUCACUUCCAGCCCACCGAGAACGAAAGCCGCGCGCUCGUCGAUUUCCCCACCGACUACAAGGGCCAACAGGCUAGAAACCUGACGAACCGACCCCUGCAGCGGGUUGAGAGCCGUCGGAUCGAAGCACAGGUCCGAGAGCAGCUCCAAGUAUUGCUCCCGGCAUACAUGAUCCCAGCCCGGAUUGUGGUUCUCCAGAACAUGCCGCUGAACACGAACGGCAAGGUAGAUCGCAAGGAGCUCACCCUUCGAGCCAAGGUCACGCCGCAGGCUAAGCCGAGCUCCGAACUCGUGGCUCCUCGGGAUGCUAUUGAAGCCAUCAUCUGCAAGGAAUUCAAGGAUAUUCUCGGCGUCGAAGUGGGUGUCACAGAUAACUUCUUCAAUGUCGGAGGACAUUCUCUUUUGGCCACAAAGCUCGCAGCGCGCCUGAGCCGACAACUCAAUGCCCAGAUCGCAGUCAAAGACAUCUUCGACCGGCCAGUUAUCGCCGAUCUGGCAGCCACAAUCCAGCAGGAUACCGCGGAGCACAACCCUAUCCUACCGACCUCUUAUGCCGGUCCAGUCCAACAAUCAUUCGCCCAAGGCCGACUCUGGUUCCUCGAUCAACUGAAUGUCGGCGCCACAUGGUAUCUCAUGCCCUUCGCAGUCCGGCUGCGAGGGCCUCUAGUUGUUUCUGCUCUCGCUGCCGCUCUUCUGGCCCUAGAGGAGCGCCACGAGACACUGCGAACGACCUUUAUCGAACAGGAAGGUAUCGGCAUGCAGGUCAUCCAUCCGUUUGCCCCCAAGGAACUGAGGGUGAUCGAUGUCUCGGGCGAGGAAGAUAGCACUAUCCAGAAGAUACUAGAAAAGGAGCAGACGACACCCUUCAAUCUUGCUUCUGAGCCCGGUUUCAGACUAGCAUUACUGAAGACAGGAGAGGACGAGCACAUUCUCUCGACAGUGAUGCACCAUGCAAUCUCUGAUGGCUGGUCUGUCGAUAUCUUCCAACAAGAAAUCGGCCAGUUCUACUCGGCAAUCCUUCGUGGACACGAUCCUUUAGCCCAGAUCGCACCGCUCUCGAUCCAGUAUCGCGACUUCGCUACUUGGCAGAGGCAGACAUUCCAAGUCGCAGAGCACCGGCGGCAGCUUGCAUACUGGGCUAAGCAGCUCGCCGAUAAUAAACCAGCCGAGCUGCUGACCGAUUUCAAGCGACCGCCUAUGCUCUCCAGCCGCGCGGGCGAGAUCCUGGUGGUCGUCGACGGCUUGAUCUACGAGAAGCUUCAGGACUUCUGUCGAGUCCGCCAGGUGACCGCCUUUACCGUGUUGCUAGCCGCUUUCCGCGCAGCGCAUUAUCGUAUGACCGGGACUGAGGAUGCGACGAUUGGAACACCUAUCGCGAACCGUAACCGGCCGGAGCUUGAGGGCUUGAUCGGCUUCUUCGUCAACACACAGUGCAUGCGUAUCACCGUCGAUGCAGAGGAUUCGUUCGAAACGUUGGUUCACCAGGUUCGAGAAACGACGCUGGCUGCACAUGCCAACCAAGAUGUUCCUUUCGAACAGAUUGUCUCAAACAUCUUGCCCGGAUCGAGCGACACUUCUCGGAAUCCGCUGGUACAGCUCAUAUUUGCUCUGCAUUCGCAGCAGAAUCUUGGCAAGAUCCGUCUGGAGGGUAUCGAGGAGGAGAUCAUCCCCAUUGCUGAGACCACGAGAUUUGAUAUCGAGUUCCAUCUGUACCAAGAGGCUGAGAGGCUGAAGGGUAGUAUCGUCUAUGCAGCUGAUCUCUUCGUGCCCGAGACUAUACAGAGCGUCAUCACCAUCUUCCAAGACAUCCUGCAGAAAGGCCUCAGCGAGCCCGAUAUGCCCGUCGCCUCUAUGGCGCUUGAUGGUGGGCUGGAGUCCCUCCGAAGCACAGGACUGCUGCACCCUCAGCAAACUGAUUAUCCGUCCGAUGCUUCAGUGGUGCAGAUCUUCAAACAGCAGGUGAUGGUUAACCCCGAUGUCAUCGCGGUGAGAGAUGAAUCAACACGGCUGAGCUAUGCCGACUUGGAUCGGAAGUCGGAUCAGGUGGCCUGCUGGCUAUCUCGGCGAGGUAUCGCUCCUGAGACGUUCGUGGCGAUCUUGGCACCACGCUCGUGCGAGACAGUCGUGGCCAUCCUCGGUGUGUUGAAGGCCAACCUUGCAUAUCUGCCUCUUGAUGUCAAUGUUCCUGCGUCUCGGCUUGAGGCCAUCCUUUCGGAGGUGUCGGGAUCCAUGCUAGUCCUUGUGGGCGCAGAGACCCCGAUUCCAGAGGGGAUGGCUGAAGCGGAGACGAUCCGGAUCACAGAGAUUCUCGCCGACGCAAAGACCGACGACAUCAGCGGGCUGGCCGCGACUCAGCCCACCGCAGCAAGCCUUGCGUAUGUGAUCUUUACAUCUGGAUCGACUGGUCGACCAAAGGGUGUCAUGGUCGAGCAUCGCGGAAUCGUACGUCUUACAAAGCAGACCAACAUCACAUCCAAGCUGCCAGAGUCUUUCCACAUGGCCCACAUAUCGAAUCUUGCCUUCGAUGCCUCCGUGUGGGAGGUAUUCACCACGCUUCUCAAUGGAGGCACAUUGAUGUGUAUCGACUAUUUCACUCUCUUGGAGAGCACGGCGCUCGAGAAGGUCUUCUUCGACCAACGCAUCAAUGUUGCCCUGCUCCCUCCAGCCUUGCUGAAACAGUGCCUCGAUAACUCACCCGCUCUGAUCAAAGCCCUCGACGUUCUCUAUAUUGGUGGUGAUAGGCUAGAUGCUUCUGAUGCUGCCAAAGCAAGGGGGCUCGUCCAGACGCAAGCUUUCAAUGCCUACGGCCCAACGGAAAACACAGUCAUGAGCACUAUCUAUCCCAUUGCCGAAGACCCCUUCAUCAAUGGUGUGCCCAUCGGUCAUGCUGUCAGCAACUCGGGAGCUUUUGUCAUGGACCAGAACCAGCAAAUCGUCCCCCUUGGUGCAAUAGGAGAACUCAUCGUGACUGGAGACGGCCUUGCUCGAGGCUACACCACUUCCUCUCUUAACGCUGGUCGAUUUAUCAACGUUGAUAUCGAUGGCGAACAAGUCAGGGCAUACCGCACAGGAGAUCGAGUGCGCUACCGACCAAAAGACCUGCAGAUCGAAUUCUUCGGCCGUAUCGAUCACCAGGUCAAGAUCCGCGGCCACCGCAUCGAACCAGCUGAGGUCGAGUAUGCUCUUCUGAGCCACGACCUGGUCACUGAUGCGGCAGUCGUCACCCACUCUCAAGAAAAUCAAGACCUGGAGAUGGUUGGAUUCGUGGCCGCCCGAGUCGCUAAUGUUGGAGAGGAUGAGUCUAGCAACCAGGUCCAAGAAUGGCAGACUCACUUCGACAGCAUCGCAUACGCAGAUAUCACCACCAUCGACCAGCAAAGCCUUGGACGGGACUUCAUGUCAUGGACCUCCAUGUAUGAUGGCAGCUUGAUCGAGAAGAGCCAGAUGCAGGAGUGGCUUGAUGAUGCGAUGCGGUCACUUCUGGAUUCCCAGCCCCCUGGUCACGUACUCGAAGUUGGCACAGGAACUGGCAUGGUUCUGUUCAACCUCGGCAGAGUAGGGGGUCUGCAAAGCUACGUUGGCCUAGAGCCAUCGCCAUCCGCAACCGCGUUUGUCAACAAAGCCGCCAAGUCAUUCCCUGGGCUUGAGGAUAGGGUCCGGGUUGAAGUUGGAACAGCAACUGAUAUCGACCGGCUGGGAGACGAUCUGCACGCAGGCCUCGUCGUCAUCAACUCGGUCGCUCAAUACUUCCCGAGUCAAGAGUACCUCGCCCAGUUGGUCAGAGAUCUUACCAAGGUCCCUGGCGUGGAGCGUAUCUUCUUUGGUGAUAUGAGGUCGCACGCUAUCAACAGGGAUUUCCUUGUCGCUCGCGCAGUUCAUGCACUGGGCGAUAAGGCAACAAAGGCCGAGAUUCAGCGAGAGGUUGCGCGAAUGGAAGAGUCUGAAGACGAACUGCUCGUUGAUCCGGCCUUUUUCACCUCCCUGGCGACGCAAGUAGAGAAGAUCAAGCACGUGGAGAUUCUCCCCAAGAGAAUGCGAGCCACGAACGAGCUGAGCUCGUAUCGAUAUGCUGCUGUUCUGCACGUCAAUGAGCUGACGAAGCCGGCACACAAGGUCAGUCCUGGCGCCUGGGUCGACUUUGCCGCGACGAAGAUGGAUCGCGAUGCCCUGAUCCGUCUGCUCAAGGGCACCAAAAGUUCCGACCACAUUGCGAUCGCCAAUAUUCCCAACAGCAAGACAAUCGUCGAGCGGACCAUCCGCGAAUCGGUUUACAACAUUAGCGGAGGCGCCAAAGACUCGAACGACAGAGUCUCAUGGCUUUCGGCUGCUCGAUCGGAUGCCGUGAAAGUGGCUUCCCUCUCCGCGAUCGAUCUCGUCGACGUUGCACAAGAGGCAGGCUUCCGGGUCGAGAUCAGCUGCGCGCGGCAGUGGUCUCAGAAUGGCGCGUUGGACGCCGUAUUCCACCACCUUGACUCAUCACCACGGUCGUCUCGUGUGUUGGUCGACUUCUUGACCGACCACCAGGGUCGACCAGAAGAAACCCUGACGAACCACCCGCUGCACCGAGCACAGUCUCGACGCGUCGAGCGGCAGAUCCGCGAGAGACUCCAGACACUCCUGCCGGCCUACAUGAUCCCGGCCCAGAUCAUUGUUCUCGACAAGCUACCUCUAAGCGCGAAUGGAAAGGUCGACCGGAAGCAGUUGGCGCAACGGGCUCAGACGGUACCCAAGGCGAAGCAAGUGUCUGCUCCUGUGGCCCCGCGCACAGAGAUCGAAAGGGUGCUCUGCCAGGAGUUCUCAGACGUCCUAGGGGUUGAUAUCGGAAUCAUGGAAAACUUUUUCGACCUCGGUGGCCACUCGCUCAUGGCAACAAAGCUAGCCGCACGCAUUAGCCGCCGACUAGAGACUCACGUCUCCGUCAAGGAGAUCUUCGACCAUCCGCGAGUCUAUGAUCUUGUUCUCAUAGUGCAGCAGGGAUCAGCGCCUCAUGAUCCUAUCGUCUCGACCAAAUACACCGGGCCUGUGCCUCAGUCGUUUGCCCAGGGUCGUCUUUGGUUCCUCGACCAGCUCAACUUUGGUGCAACAUGGUAUCUCAUGCCCCUUGCCGUUCGUCUUCGCGGUGCCUUGGACGUUCAUGCUCUUACCGCGGCCUUGCUGGCCCUCGAGAGGCGUCAUGAGCUCCUCCGCACCACGUUCUACGAACAAAACGGCGUCGGUAUGCAAAAGGUCAAUCCAGUUGUCACCGACACCCUGAGGAUCAUUGAUCUCUCCGACGGCGACGGCGAUUAUCUCCCGACAUUGAAGAAGGAGCAAACUGCUCCGUUCCAUUUGGAAACCGAGCCCGGAUGGCGCGUGGCUCUACUGCGCCUCGGGCCAGGCGACUACAUCUUAUCUAUCGUCAUGCAUCACAUUAUUUCCGACGGCUGGUCUGUGGAUGUUCUCUUCCAAGAGCUGGGCCAGUUCUAUUCCGUGGCUGUCAAAGGCCACGAUCCCCUAUCGCAGACCACACCCCUCCCGAUUCAUUAUCGCGAUUUUGCUCUGUGGCAGAAGGAGCCAGCUCAAGAAAACGAACACGAGCGUCAGCUGCAAUACUGGGUCGAGCAACUUGCAGAUAGUGCCCCGGCUGAGCUGCUCACGGAUCUGCCGCGGCCUUCGAUCCUCUCUGGUGAGGCUGGGGAGAUCUCGGUCACGAUCGAGGGAACACUGUAUAAGAACUUGGAGGAAUUCUGCCGAGUCUAUCGCGUCACCUCCUUCGUGGUGCUGCUUGCGGCCCUGCGCGCAGCCCACUAUCGCCUCACAGGUUCCGAAGACGCAACUAUCGGGACACCAAUCGCCAAUCGCAACCGACCUGAGCUUGAGCAGAUAAUCGGCUUCUUCGUCAAUACACAAUGUAUACGCAUUGCCGUCAACGAGGACGAGACCUUUGAGUCACUGGUGCAGCAGGUCCGGUCAACGGCGACAGCUGCAUUCGCCCAUCAGGACGUCCCGUUCGAGAAGAUCCUCAUGUUCGCGGUGCAUUCGCAGAAGAACCUCGGUGAGCUGAAGCUGGAAAACGCUCACAGCGAGGUUGUUCCCACGGAGAUCACGACCCGGUUCGAUUUGGAAUUCCACCUGUUCCAGCAAGAUGGCAAGCUUGAGGGCUCCAUCCUCUAUUCAACCGAUCUCUUCGAAGCAGUCUCGGUCCAGAGUCUUCUCUCACUAUUCCAGGAAAUUCUGCGCCGAGGUUUGAACGGUCCGGAUGUGCCCAUCAGCACCCUACCACUUCAGGGUGGAAUCGUCGACCUGCAAAGAGAGGGCCUGUUGGAUGUCCAGAAGACAGAAUAUCCUCGUGAUUCCUCUGUGAUUGAUGUAUUCCAUGAGCAAGUCUCGAUCAACCCCGAUUCCAUUGCACUGAUACAUGGCUCGGAGAAGCUCAGCUACGCCCAGCUCGACAGGGAAUCUGACAGGGUCGCCCGCUGGCUCCGUCACCGUUCCUUCAGCCCUGAUACGUUGAUUGCGGUGUUGGCGCCACGGUCUUGCGAGACGAUCAUCGCGUUCCUCGGAAUCCUCAAGGCAAACCUUGCGUACCUACCUCUGGAUGUCAAGGCUCCUGCUGCCCGCAUCGAUGCCAUUGUAUCGUCGCUACCCGAGAACAAGCUCAUUCUGCUGGGCACAAACGUUACGCCGCCCAAGCUUCAGGAAGCGGGCAUCGAUUUCGUGCCCAUCUGUGAUACCUUGACUACACUCACCGACGGCACACUUCAAGAUGGGCCUACCGUCGAGCGGCCCUCUGCGCAAAGCCUUGCGUACGCCAUGUUCACGUCUGGUUCUACCGGACGACCGAAGGGUGUUAUGGUCCAGCACCGCAACAUUGUCCGCUUGGUGAAGAACAGUAACGUCGUUGCCAAGCAGCCCGCAGCAGCUCGCAUAGCACACAUCUCCAAUUUGGCGUUUGACGCCUCGUCUUGGGAGAUCUAUGCCCCGCUGCUCAAUGGCGGCGCAAUUGUGUGUGUCGACUACUUCACAACGAUUGAUCCACAGGCUCUUCAAGAAGCCUUCCAGGAACACGAGAUCCGCGGUGCCAUGCUGCCGCCCUCGCUCCUCAAGCAGUGCCUGCUUCAAGCCCCAGACAUGAUCAGCAGGCUCGACAUCUUAUUUGCUGCUGGUGAUCGCUUCAAUAGCGUGGAUGCUCUCCAGGCCCAACGUCUCGUUGGCUCGGGCGUCUUCAAUGCGUAUGGUCCUACGGAGAAUACGAUUCUGAGCACCAUCUACAACGUUGCUGAAAACGACUCCUUCGUUAACGGCGUUCCCAUAGGCAGUGCUGUGAGCAACUCCGGAGCCUACAUCAUGGACAAAAACCAGCAGCUCGUGCCAGCUGGAGUCAUGGGAGAACUGGUUGUUACUGGUGACGGUCUCGCCCGCGGCUAUAUGGAUCCAAAGCUAGAUGCAGACCGCUUCAUCCGACUGACAGUCAACGGCAGCGAGCAAAUCAGGGCAUAUCGCACCGGCGACCGUGUGCGAUACCGACCAAAGGACUUCCAGAUCGAGUUCUUCGGUCGUAUGGACCAGCAAAUCAAGAUCCGCGGCCACCGUAUCGAGCCGGCCGAGGUGGAGCAGGCCUUCCUGCAUGACAGCUUCGUCGAGGACGUUGCCAUCGUUAUUCGGACCCCAGAAAACCAAGAGCCUGAGAUGGUCGCCUUUGUCACUGCCAAGGGCGAGAACUCGGCGAGAGAAGAAGAGGCUGCAACCCAGAUCGAAGGUUGGGAGGCGCAUUUCGAGGGUGGUGCGUACGCCGACAUCGAGGAGAUCGAAAGCGAGGCACUUGGCUACGACUUUAUGGGCUGGACGUCUAUGUACGAUGGCACUGAGAUCGACAAGGACGAGAUGAGAGAGUGGCUGCAUGACACGAUGCGCUCUCUCCUCGAUGGAAAGCCGGCUGGUCGAGUUCUUGAGGUUGGUGCCGGUACCGGUAUGAUCAUGUUCAACCUUGGUAGGUCACAAGGGCUCGAAAGGUAUAUUGGCCUCGAACCUGCACCGUCGGCCGCCGAGUUUGUCAACAACGCUGCGAAGUCAUUCCCGGGUCUCGCGGGCAGGGCCGAAGUCCACGUCGGCACCGCCGCAGAUGUCGGUACCCUGCAAGGCCUGACCUCAGAUAUGGCCGUCAUCAACUCGGUGGCGCAGUACUUCCCAACGCCAGAGUACCUGGCCGAGACGAUCAAAUCACUUGUCCAGGUCCCGGGCAUGAAGCGCAUAUACCUCGGCGAUAUGCGGUCCUGGGCAUUGAACAGGGACUUCGCUGCCGCUCGCGCCGCCUAUUCACUAGCCGACAAUGUCAGCAAAGACCGCGUGAGACAGAGGAUGAUGGAGUUAGAGGAGAAAGAGGAAGAAUUACUCGUUGACCCGGCCUUCUUCACUGCCUUGGCGAGCCAGCUGCAAGAUAGAAUCCAACACGUCGAGAUCCUACCCAAACGAAUGAAGGCUACAAACGAGCUGAGCUCGUACCGAUAUGCUGCCGUGCUGCACAUCGCCGACGAGCCCCUUCCUAUCUACAAGAUUGAUCCCGAAGCUUGGAUCAACUUUGAGGCGUCUCAACUGACCCGAGAGGCGCUUGCACAAGUACUCAAGGAGAAUCAGAAUGCUGAGAGUGUGGCGAUCAGCAACAUUCCUUACAGCAAGACCGCUGUGGAACGUCACAUUGUGCGGUCGCUUGACCAGGAAGACGCCAAUGCCCCCGAGGAAUCGAUGGAUGGCACCGACUGGAUCUCGGCCGUGCGCACAAGAGCUCAGCAGUGCCACACCCUCUCCGCAAGUGACCUAUUCGAUAUUGCACAAGAUGCUGGGUUUCAUGUUGAGGUCAGCUGGGCCCGUCAACAUUCGCAGCACGGUGCCCUGGAUGCGGUGUUCCACCACCUGAAGCCCGCUACGGAGGACAGUCGCGUUUUGAUCAAGUUCCCUACAGAUCACCAAGGCCGGCCGCUCAAGAGCUUAACGAAUCAACCGCUCCAGCGGGCCCAGAGUCGCCGAGCCGAGCUCUUGAUCCGCGAGGCGCUGCAAACCCUGCUGCCACCCUACAUGAUCCCCUCGCAAAUCACGCUUCUCGACCGGAUGCCACUCAAUGCCAACGGCAAAGUCGACCGGAGAGAACUCGCUCGUCGGGCCAAAAUCACACAGAAGAUCAAACCAGUUGAGGACAUCGUUCCCCCUCGGAACAGCGUCGAGGCUACGGUCUGCAAGGGCUUCACUGACGUGCUGGGCGUUGAAGUUGGGAUAACAGACAAUUUCUUCAAUCUAGGCGGCCAUUCACUGAUGGCAACGAAGUUGGCGGCGCGUCUAGGCCGUCAACUCAAUACACGUAUCUCAGUGAGAGACGUCUUCGAUCAACCAGUCGUUGCUGAUCUCGCCGCUGUGAUCCAACGCAACUCGGCACCUCACGAGCCGAUCAAGCCAGCAGACUACACAGGGCCCGUUCCCCAGUCAUUCGCACAGGGACGUCUUUGGUUCCUCGAUCAACUGAAUGUCGGGGCGACGUGGUAUCUUAUGCCCCUUGGUAUCCGCCUCCAUGGAUCUCUCCAGGUUGAUGCCCUCGCUACCGCGAUAUCAGCCCUGGAGCAACGUCACGAGCCUCUCCGUACGACAUUCCACGAGGAAGAUGGCGUCGGUGUUCAGGUCGUACGAGAUCACCGGCCCAAGGAUCUGAGAAUCAUCGACCUGUCCACUCAGCCAGAGGACGCCUAUCUUGCCGUGUUGAAGCAUGAGCAGACCACGCUCUUCGACCUCGCAACCGAGCCUGGCUGGCGCGUCGCUCUGAUCAGGCUUGGGGAAGAAGAGCAUAUACUUUCCAUUGUUAUGCACCAUAUCAUAUCCGACGGCUGGUCAGUAGAGGUUCUGUUUGAUGAGUUGCGCCGGUUCUACUCGAGUGCUCUUAGGCAGCAGGAUCCUCUGGAGCAAAUCUUGCCUCUACCGAUCCAGUACCGCGACUUUGCAGCAUGGCAAAAGACUGAAGAGCAGGUUGCCGAGCAUCAGCGGCAGUUGGACUACUGGACGGAGCACCUUGCUGACAGCACCCCUGCGGAGCUGUUAACUGACCUCCCUCGACCUUCUAUCUUGUCCGGCCGUGCCAAUGAGCUACCCCUUGCCAUCGAGGGGCGUCUUCAUGACAAGUUGCGCGCUUUCUGCCGAGUUCACCAAGCCACGCCGUUCGUCAUUCUCCUUGCGGCCCUGAGGGCAACACAUUACCGUCUUACAGGGGCUGAAGAUGCCACGCUUGGAACGCCAAUUGCUAACCGUAACCGACCGGAACUCGAGAACAUGAUCGGCUUCUUUGUUAAUACGCAGUGUAUGCGCAUUGCUAUUGAGGAGAAUGAUAACUUCGAGUCCCUUGUCCGCCGAGUACGAUCGACUGCAACAUCCGCUUUCGCGAACCAAGACGUUCCAUUUGAAUCCAUUGUCUCGUCUCUUCUGCCUGGAUCCAGGGACGCCUCGCGCAAUCCAUUAGUGCAGGUCAUUCUGGCUGUUCACUCUCAGCAGGAUCUGGGUAAACUCACCUUGGAAGGCCUCAGAGAUGAAGCUGUGGACUCGGCUAUUUCAACUCGCUUCGAUGUGGAGUUCCAUCUUUUCGAGCACGCAGACAGGCUCAGCGGCAGCGUGCUUUACGCAAAGGAACUGUUCGAGCUGCGCACGAUCGAAUCAGUCGUCUCCGUUUUCCUGGAGACUCUGCGGCGGGCUCUUGACCAGCCACUGACUCCCAUCGCUGUCUUGCCGCUGACUGAUGGAGUCGGGGAGAUCGCAAGCAAGGGGCUCCUUGAUGUGCCCAGGACAGACUAUCCACGAGAUGCAAAUAUCGUCGAGGUCUUCCAGCAGCACGUUCGCGCUACCCCAGACGCCAUCGCCGUCAAGGACGCUACUUCCACACUGACGUAUGCUCAGCUAGAUCAGCAGUCUGAUCGACUCGCUGUCUGGUUGAGUCGCCGGCACCUCGUGCCCGAAACGCUGGUGGGUACCCUUGCGCCGCGGUCAUGCGAGACCAUUAUCGCAAUGUUUGGCAUUAUGAAGGCCAACCUCGCCUACUUGCCUUUGGAUAUCAACUCGCCUGCUGCUCGACUCCGCAGCAUUCUCUCAGCAGUAGAUGGGAACAAGCUUGUUUUGCUCGGCAGUGGUGUCACAGCCCCCGAGCAAGAGAACCCCGAGGUGGAAGCUGUCGGUAUUCAAGACAUCUUGAUCGGCACUAGACUGGACAAGACACAAGGCAGCAACGCCCGACCCUCGGCAACGAGCCUUGCCUAUGUCAUCUUCACCUCUGGUUCAACCGGCAAGCCCAAGGGCGUCAUGGUCGAACAUCGUAGCGUUACAAGAUUGGCAAAGCCCAGCAACGUCAUCUCCAAGCUACCACGAGGAGCCAGGGUGGCGCACCUCGCCAACAUUGCCUUCGAUGCCUCGAUCUGGGAAAUUGCCACAACUCUUCUGAACGGAGCCACGCUUGUUUGUCUCGACUAUCACACAGUUCUCGACUGCAGGACUCUGAAAGAAGUCUUCGAAAGGGAAAGCAUCACCGUUGUCACACUGAUGCCUGCGCUCCUCAAGCAGUGCGUGGCCGAAAUACCUGAGACCCUCGCAAAUCUCGACCUCCUGUACACCGGUGGAGAUCGAGUGCGUGGUCACGAUGCUAUGCGGGCUCGCUCGCUAGUCAAGAUCGGCAUGCUCAGCGGUUACGGUCCUACAGAGAACACCGUCAUCAGCACCAUCUACGAAGUUGAAGGAGACGAGAUGUUUGUGAAUGGUGUGCCCAUCGGCAAGACUGUAAGCAACUCCGGGGCAUAUGUUAUGGACAGGAAUCAGCAGCUGGUGCCUAGUGGCGUGAUUGGUGAGCUUGUGGUCACUGGCGAUGGCCUUGCUCGCGGAUACACUGAUCCGUCCCUGAACAAGAACCGCUUCAUUCACAUCACUGUCAAUGGAGAGAGUGUCAGGGCAUAUCGGACUGGCGAUCGGGUGAGAUACCGGCCUAAGGAUCUGCAGCUUGAAUUCUUUGGCCGCAUGGACCAGCAGGUCAAGAUCCGUGGCCAUCGAAUCGAGCCGGGCGAGGUGGAGAGCGCAUUGCUCAGUCACAGCUCGGUACAAGACGCCGCGGUCGUCGUUUGCGCGCCAGCAGAUCAAGACUCGGGCGCAGAAAUGAUCGGAUUCGUUGUCGCCCGGAAUACCGAAGACGAAGACGUCCAGGAGGAAGAAGCAGUCGAUCAGGUUCAAGGGUGGGAGACGCACUUCGAAACGGCCGCAUAUUCAGAAGUCAAGGACAUUCGACAGUCAGAAAUCGGCAACGACUUCAUGGGCUGGACUUCUAUGUAUGACGGCAGCGAGAUCGACAAGACGGACAUGCACGAGUGGCUCAAUGACACUAUGCGUAUGAUACUCGACGCCAGAGAGCCGGGCCAUGUACUGGAGAUCGGUACCGGCACCGGCAUGAUCAUGUUCAACCUUGCCAAGUGUCCUGGCCUGCAGGGCUACGUCGGUUUCGAGCCUUCAAAGUCGGCGGCCCAAUUCGUCAAUGAUGCAGCCCAAUCAUUCCCGGCUCUGAAGGAUGGCCGGUCAAUAGUCCAUGUGGGCACGGCAACAGACAUCAACAAGGCCGGGCCGAUUCAACCACGCCUCGUCGUUAUCAACUCGGUAGCGCAGUAUUUCCCCACGCCAGAGUACCUCUUCAGUGUCGUGGAGGCCCUUGUACAGAUCCCAAGCGUGGAACGCAUCGUUUUUGGUGACAUGAGAACCAACGCCAUCAACAGAGACUUCGUCGCAAGCCGAGCAUUGCACACCCUCGGCGAGAAAGCAAACAAGCGCCUGGUCCGCCAGAUGAUCUAUGAGCUCGAAGCCAACGAAGAGGAACUUCUGACGGACCCUGCAUUCUUUACAUCCUUGCGUACGCGCUUGGGCGAGAAGAUCAAGCACGUCGAAAUUCUCCCCAAGACCAUGAAGGCUAUCAACGAGCUCAGCAAGUACCGAUAUGCCGCAGUACUACAUGUGCGUGGCUCGAGAGAGCAAUCGACUAUACACCAAGUCUCUCCCAACGCCUGGAUAGACUUUGCGGCAGACGGUCUCGAUCGGCAGACCCUCAUCAACUUGCUGAAGGAGCGCAAGGAUACCGGGGCCAUCGCUAUCGGUAAUAUCCCGUACAGCAAGACCAUUGUUGAGCGGUUCGUCAACAAGUCACUGAGCGAGGAUGAUAUGGAGGAAGGCCAGAACUCACUGGAUGGAUCAGCUUGGGUUGCAGCCGUCCGGAUAGCCGCUCAAAGCUGCCCAUCACUCGAUGCAAUGGAUAUCAAGGACAUCGCUCAAGAGGCGGGAUACCAGGUCGAAGUCAGUUGGGCGCGUCAAUGGUCCCAGAAUGGCGCGCUCGAUGCCAUCUUCCAUCACUUCGAACCGCCCAAGGAUGGUUCCCGCACACUUAUUGAGUUCCCGACGGAUUACGAAGGCCGGAAUGUGAACACCUUGACAAACCGUCCCCUGAACCGAAUCCAAAGCCGCCGUCUUGGGACGCAGAUCCGCGAGAAGCUGCAGACCCUCCUGCCGUCUUACAUGAUCCCAUCGCGCAUCAUGGUCCUUGAUCAGAUGCCUGUCAACAACAACGGCAAGAUUGACCGCAAGGAGCUUGUGCGGAGAGCUGUCGUGGCCCCGAAGCCAAGGUCAGCGGCUACUCGGGUAGCCCCCCGCAAUGAGAUCGAGGCUAUUCUGAGAGAUGAAUUCGAGGACGUGCUCGGAACAGAAGUCAGCGUGCUGGAUAACUUCUUUGAUCUCGGUGGGCACUCACUUAUGGCCACGAAGCUCGCGGCUCGCGUUAGCCGCCGCCUUGAUGCCCAUAUUUCCAUCAAAGAUGUCUUUGAUCAGCCGGUGCUGGCGGAUCUUGCGGCGUCCAUUCAGAGAGAAUCAGCUCCUCAUGACCCGAUUCCGCAGAGGUCUUACACUGGGCCGGCUGAACAGUCAUUUGCCCAAGGUCGCCUAUGGUUCCUUGACCAGCUCAACCUUGGUGCGACCUGGUACCUGAUGCCUUUAGCCAUCCGUAUCCGUGGCCAGUUGAGGGUAGCCGCGUUGUCUGCCGCGCUCUUCGCCCUGGAGAGACGGCAUGAGACCUUGAGAACCACCUUUGAAGAAAGCGACGGCGUUGGCGUGCAAAUUGUCCGAGAGCCUCGCAACUCAGACCUUCGAGUUCAUGACGUUUCUACCAGAGACGACGGGGAGUACCUUGAGGUGCUCAGGAGGGAACAAACUGUGCCCUUCGACCUCUCGUCAGAGCCUGGCUGGAGGGUUUGCCUGAUCAAGACGGGCGAAGAGGAUCAUGUGCUAUCCAUCGUCAUGCACCAUAUUAUUUACGAUGGCUGGUCCGUGGACAUUCUUCGUGGAGAGUUGGGUCAAUUCUAUUCCGCUGCCCUACGCGGCCAGGACCCCUUGCUGCACGCUAACCCCCUCCCUAUUCAAUACCGGGAUUUCGCGGCAUGGCAAAAGGAGGCAAAACAGGUCGAAGAGCAUCAGCGUCAACUUGAGUACUGGUCGAGACAGCUCGUUGACAGCACUCCAGCUGAGCUCUUGACGGAUCUGCCUCGCCCGUCUAUCUUGUCCGGUCGUGCAGGGUCGGUGGAUGUCACCAUCGAAGGCUCUGUUUAUGGCGCCCUUCAGUCAUUCUGCCGCACGCGUUCGGUAACCACAUUCGUUGUGCUUCUGACCGUGUUCCGGAUCGCGCAUUUCCAUCUCACCGCUGUCGACGACGCGACUGUCGGCACGCCUAUUGCAAACCGUAACCGUCCUGAGCUUGAAACGUUGGUUGGCUGCUUCGUAAACACGCAGUGUAUGCGCAUCAGCAUAGCCGACGACGACAACUUUGAAGCUCUUGUGAGACAGGUGCGUAAUGUUGCAACGGCAGCUUACGCGAACCAAGAUGUUCCUUUCGAACGGAUCGUGUCCGCCCUGGUUCCAGGGUCGAGAAACACAUCGCGCAACCCCCUGGUUCAGCUCAUGUUUGCUGUCCAGUCCGUGGAAGAUUAUGACCAGGUUCGACUCGAGGGCCUGGAGAGCGUCAUGAUGCCUGGAGAAGCCUCCACACGCUUUGAUAUGGAGUUCCACCUUGUCCCCGGCGAUCAGAAGCUUACGGGCAGCGUUCUUUACUCGUCAGACCUUUUUGAGCAAGGGACCAUUCAGAACUUCGUCGACAUCUUCCAAGAAUGUCUUCGCUCCGUCCUGGACCAGCCAUUGACCCCGAUCUCGGUUCUUCCCUUCAGCAACGCCAUUUCAAACCUCGAGAGCUUGGAUCUCCUGGAGAUGCCGACCACAGACUACCCCCGGGAUCGCACAGUCGUCGAUCUCUUCCGAGAGCAAGCGGCAAUCUGCCCCGACAGCAUCGCCGUCAAAGACUCAUCGUCGCAACUGACAUAUGCUCAACUGGAUGAGCAAUCUGACCGUGUUGCCGCCUGGCUGCACGAGCGCCACAUGCCGGCCGAGUCUUUGGUCGGUGUACUGUCGCCACGGUCGUGCGAGACCAUCAUCGCGUACUUUGGCAUCAUGAAGGCAAACCUGGCUUACCUGCCGUUGGAUGCUUAUGCGCCAGAUGCCCGUUUGGCGGCUAUCCUGGAUACAGUCGAAGGCGAAAGACUGCUUCUGUUGGGCGCAGGUAUCCCUCAGCCCGGCAUCCAGAUCCCUCGCCUGUCAACAGCAUACAUCGCGGAGGCACUGAACCAUGCCACGACCGUCGAUGUUACUUCCAUCCCACAGCCCUCGGCCACCAGCCUUGCGUACGUCAUUUUCACUUCGGGAUCUACUGGCAAGCCCAAGGGCGUCAUGAUCGAGCAUCGCGGCAUCGUGCGCCUGGUCAGAGAUACCAACGUCAACGUGUUCCCGGAAUCGGGAUCAGCUUUGCCCGUCUCUCACUUCUCCAACCUCGCCUGGGAUGCGGCGACUUGGGAGAUCUACACUGCCGUGCUCAAUGGAGGGACCGUUGUGUGCAUUGACCGAGACACCAUGCUGGACAUAACCGCGUUGAACUCGACAUUCCGGAAGGAGAACGUUCGGGCUGCCUUCUUCACCCCUGCCUUCCUAAAGCAAUGCCUCGCCGAGACGCCAGAGCUGGUCGCCAACCUAGAGAUCCUUCACACGGCAGGUGAUCGUCUCGAUCCUGCAGAUGCCAACCUGGCUGGAAAGACAGCCAAGGGUGGUAUCUUCAACGUCCUCGGUCACACAGAGAACACUGCCUAUAGUACCUUCUACCCUGUAGUUGGUGAGGAGACGUUCGUCAAUGGUGUCCCCGUCGGUCGCGGCAUCAGCAACUCCCAUGCAUACAUCAUUGACCGACACCAGAAGCUCGUACCCGCAGGUGUCAUGGGAGAGCUUGUUCUCACUGGCGACGGUGUCGGGAGAGGCUACACCGACUCUGCGCUGAACAAGGAUCGAUUCGUUUACAUCAACAUCAACGGCAAAAGCACAUGGUCGUACCGCACAGGCGACAAGGCACGUUAUCGACCAAAGGACGGCCAGCUGGAAUUCUUUGGCCGCAUGGACCAAAUGGUCAAGAUCCGCGGUGUUCGAAUUGAACCCGGUGAAGUUGAGCUCACCCUGCUCGACCACAAGUCCGUGCUGGCCGCGACUGUGGUGGUUAGAAGACCACCCAACGGCGACCCAGAGAUGAUCGCCUUCAUCACCAUCGACGCCGAAGACGACGUGCAGACCCACAAGGCCAUCUACAAGCACCUCCAGGGUAUCUUGCCCGCGUACAUGAUUCCCUCACACCUUGUCAUCCUUGACCAGAUGCCGGUCACCGACAACGGCAAGGUCGAUCGCAAGGAUCUCGCACUCAGAGCACAGACAGUACAGAAGACCAGAUCUACCGCUGCAAGGGUACCACCUCGUGACGAGGUAGAGGCUGUUCUUUGCGAAGAGUACAGCAACUUGCUUGAGGUUGAGGUUGGCAUUACCGACGGAUUCUUCGACCUGGGUGGACAUUCGCUCCUCGCCACCAAGCUUGCGGCCCGCCUGAGCCGACAACUCAAUACUCGCGUGUCUGUCAAGGAUGUCUUUGACCAGCCAAUACUCGCUGACCUCGCUGACAUCAUCCGCCGCGGUUCCCAACGCCACGAUCCGAUUCCUGCCACUCAAUACACGGGCCCUGUUGAACAGUCGUUUGCUCAGGGUCGCCUGUGGUUCUUGGAACAACUGAACCUAGGUGCUAGCUGGUACUUGAUGCCCUUCGCGAUCCGGAUGCGUGGGCCCCUCCAGACAAAGGCGCUGGCUGUCGCACUGAACGCCUUGGUGCACCGGCAUGAGGCGUUGCGGACGACGUUUGAGGACCACGAUGGGGUUGGUGUCCAGGUCAUUCAACCAAAGUCAAGCCAAGACCUGCGGAUCAUCGAUCUUUCAGACGCUGUAGAUGACACUGUCUAUCUCGCCGCGCUCGAGGGGGAACAGACAACAGCUUUCGACCUGACCUCUGAACCAGGGUGGAGAGUGUCACUCUUGCGCCUAGGUGGUGAUGAUUAUAUCCUUUCCAUCGUCAUGCACCAUAUCAUCUCUGAUGGCUGGACUGUUGAUGUGCUACGACAAGAACUCGGCCAGUUCUAUUCAGCUGCGAUCAGGGGCCAGGAGCCUUUAUCGCAGGCUAAGCCCCUCCCUAUUCAAUACCGCGACUUUGCUGUUUGGCAGAGGCAGGAGAAACAGAUCAAGGAGCAAGCGAAGCAGCUCGAGUAUUGGUCACAGCAGCUCGCAGAUAGUACCCCCUGCGCGUUCCUGACGGACCUCCCUCGGCCCUCUAUCCUGUCUGGUGAAGCUGACGCCGUUCCUAUCGUGAUCGAUGGCGCGGUGUAUCAGCUUCUUACUGAUUUCUGCCGGACGCACCAAGUCACAUCGUUCUCAGUCCUGCUCGCAGCCUUCCGCACUGCCCACUACCGCCUUACCGGGACACUCGAUGCGACGGUUGGCACACCAAUCGCUAACCGGAACCGGCCAGAGUUAGAAAGUCUGAUUGGUUUCUUCGUCAACACGCAGUUCCAGCAAGUCCGCUUGACUACGACAGAAGCCUUUGCGAACCAAGAUGUGCCGUUUGAGCAGAUUGUGUCAACCCUUCUUCCUGGAUCACGAGACACGUCAAGGAACCCGCUUGUGCAGGUCAUGUUUGCCCUGCAAUCACAGCAAGACCUCGGAAGAAUCCAGCUGGAAGGUAUGACGGACGAAGCCAUGGAAACCCCGCUGUCGACGAGGCUCGACCUUGAGGUUCACCUCUUCCAGGAGGCUGGAAAGCUGAGCGGCAGCCUCUUGUACUCGACAGACCUCUUCGAGGUCGAGACGAUUCGUGGAAUCGCUGAUGUGUUCCUGGAGAUCCUGCGCCGCGGCCUUGAGCAACCCAACCAGCGACUGAUGUCCAUGCCAAUUACCGAUGGCAUCACAAAGCUACGAGACCAGGGUCUCCUAACAAUGGCGAAACCAGCCUACGCUCGCGACUCGAGUGUCAUAGAUCUGUUCAGACAGCAGGUUGCCGCCGCACCGGAUGCCAUCGCUGUGUGGGAUUCCUCCUCGACAUUGACCUAUGCCGACCUCGAUGCGCAAUCGAACAAGCUUGCCCACUGGCUGUGCCAGCGCAACAUGGCCCCUGAGACCUUGGUACCUGUAUUCGCGCCACGCUCAUGCCUCACAAUCGUCGCAUUCCUCGGUGUUUUGAAGGCUAAUCUGGCCUACCUACCCUUAGAUGUCAAUGCGCCUGCUGCUCGUAUCGAGGCUAUCCUGUCAGCAGUACCAGGCCACAAGCUGGUCCUGGUGCGGGCUGAUGGACCCGAGCUUGUCCUGACGAUGGCUGAUACUGAACUGGUGCCGAUCGACGAGGCACUUGCAUCUAGUUCAUCCGGUGACCAUGAGCAGAUCUCUGCGUCCGGCCCUUCUGCCACAAGUCUCGCCUACGUGAUGUUCACGUCAGGGUCUACUGGGAAACCAAAGGGUGUCAUGAUCGACCACCGCUGCAUCAUUCGACUUGUCACGAACAGCGAUGUUGUUGCCACUCUGCCUACGCCAGUCCGGAUGGCGAAUGUAUCAAACCUUGCCUUCGACAUCUCGGUACAAGAAAUCUACACGGCGCUCCUAAACGGUGGCACCCUGGUCUGCUUGGACUAUCUGACGCUGUUGGACAGCAAAAAGCUUUACAACGUUUUGGUAGAAGCACAGGUCAACGCCGCCAUGUUCUCGCCGGUUCUCCUCAAGCAAUGUCUUGGAAACAUGCCCGCCAUCAUCAGCCGCCUGAGUGUUCUCUUUAACGUUGGUGAUAGGCUGGAUGCCCACGAUGCUGUGGCUGCAUCGGGCCUGAUCCAAGACGCCGUAUACAACGCCUACGGUCCCACGGAGAACGGCAUGCAGAGCACGAUGUACAAGGUUGACGUCAAUGAGCAUUUCGUCAACGGUGUCCCGAUCGGUCGAUCCGUCACCAACUCUGGGGCUUACGUCAUGGACGGCAAUCAACAGCUCGUAUCUCCCGGUGUGAUGGGAGAAAUUGUCGUUACCGGCGAUGGUCUUGCCCGUGGCUACACAGACUCAGCCCUAGACAAGGACCGGUUUGUUCGCGUCACGAUCGAUGGUGAGGAAAACAUCAAGGCAUACCGAACCGGUGAUCGAGUGCGCUACCGGCCCAAGGACUUUGAGAUCGAGUUCUUCGGCCGCAUGGAUCAACAGGUGAAGAUUCGUGGUCACCGCAUUGAGCCAGCAGAAGUGGAACAUGCACUGCUCGGCCACGACUUGGUUCACGAUGCAGCUGUCGUGCUUCGAAAGCCAGCAAAUCAAGAACCCGAGAUGAUUGCUUUCAUCACCAGCCAGGAAGACGAGACCAUCGAGCAACAUGAGUCAAACAAGCAGGUCCAAGGCUGGGGAGAGCAUUUCGACGGAAGCAGGUAUGCUGAUAUCAAGGAUCUCGGCACUUCCACCUUUGGUCACGACUUUUUGGGAUGGACAUCUAUGUAUGACGGAGUCGACAUUCCAGUCAACGAGAUGAAAGAGUGGCUUGAUGAAACCACAGCCUCCCUCCUAGACAACCGCCCACCUGGUCAUAUCCUCGAGAUCGGAGCCGGAACUGGCAUGAUUCUAUCUAACCUGGGCAAAGUCGACGGCCUGCAGAAGUACGUCGGUCUUGAUCCGGCUCCCUCAGCCGCAAUCUUUGUCAACGAAGCCGUCAAGUCUCUGCCAAGUCUAGCCGGCAAGGCCCGGGUACUUGUUGGAACUGCCCUGGAUAUCGGCUCUCUGGACAAGAAUGAGAUCCAACCUGAGCUUGUGGUUAUCAACUCGGUGGCCCAGUACUUCCCCACAUCAGAGUACUUGAUCAAGGUGGUCAAGGCUGUUGUGGAAGUGCCCAGCGUCAAGCGUGUUUUCUUUGGCGACAUCAGAUCCCAGGCCCUCAACAGGGACUUCCUUGCUGCUCGCGCCGUUCGUGCGUUGGGUGAUAACGCCAGCAAAGAGAAGAUCCGAGAAAAGAUCGCAGAGCUCGAAGAGAGCGAAGAAGAACUUCUCGUGGACCCAGCCUUCUUCGUGAGCUUGGGAAGCCAGCUGCCCAACAUCAAGCACGUCGAGAUCCUGCCCAAGCUGAUGAAGGCCACCAACGAGCUGAGCUCGUACAGAUACGCUGCCGUUCUACACAUCAGCCACGACGAAGAGGAGCAGCUGCUCAUACGGGAUAUCGAUCCCACAGCAUGGGUUGACUUUGCAGCAACGCAAAAGGACUCUCAAGGUCUGAGAAACCUUCUACAACAAAGACGAGAUGCUGUGAUGAUCGCGGUCGGGAACAUCCCGUACAGCAAGACCAUAGUGGAGCGACACAUUAUGAACUCUCUUGACCAAGAUCACGUCAGCUCACUCGACGGGACAUCCUGGAUCUCAGAUGCUCGAUCAGCCGCUGCAAUCUGCACUUCAUUCGACGCACUCACCCUCACGCAGUUGGCCAAGGAGGAGGGAUUCCGGGUAGAGCUGAGCUGGGCGCGACAGGCAUCCCAAAACGGCGCCCUCGAUGCAGUUUUCCACCGUCUUGCAGCAACCGAUGCAGAUUGCGAGCGCAGUCGUGUCCUGGUACACUUCCCUACCGACCAUCAAGGUCGACAACUUCGAACCCUGACGAACCGGCCACUCCAGCGAGCUCAGAGCCGCCGUAUCGAGUCACAGGUCUUUGAGGCACUGCAGACAGCACUGCCGGCUUACAUGGUCCCAUCGCGCAUCAUCGUGCUCCCGCAGAUGCCGACCAACGCCAACGGCAAAGUGGACAGGAAACAGCUCGCUCGCCGUGCGCAGGUUGUGGCCAAGAGAAAGGCAGUAUCAGCGCGCGUUGCGCCUCGUAAUGACACCGAGAUGGUUCUUUGCGAGGAGUACGCAGAUAUCCUAGGAACUGAAGUUGGCAUCACGGAUAAUUUCUUCGACAUGGGCGGGCAUUCACUCAUGGCUACGAAGCUCGCAGCCCGACUAAGCCGUCGACUAGAUACCCGGGUUACCGUCAAGGAGGUGUUCGACAAACCCGUCCUGGCUGACCUCGCUGCUUCUAUCGAACAGGGCUCGACUCCUCAUCUGCCCAUUGUCUCAUCGGUGUAUUCCGGACCGGUGGAGCAGUCGUACGCCCAAGGUCGCUUGUGGUUCUUGGCUCAGUUCAACCUCAACUCGACGUGGUACCACAUGUCGCUGGCGAUGAGGCUGCUCGGGCCGCUCAACAUGGACGCGCUGGACGUGGCCUUGCGGGCGCUGGAGCAGCGACACGAGACGCUCCGCACAACCUUUGAGGCUCAAGACGACAUCGGCGUCCAGGUCGUUCAUGAGGCCGGAACGAAGAGGCUCAAGGUCCUUGAUCUAUCAGACAAGAACGAGAAGGAGCACAUGGCUGCGCUGGAGAAAGAACAGAUGAGGCCGUUCAGUCUUGCUUCAGAGCCAGGUUGGAGGGUUAUCCUGCUUCGCCUUGGCCCAACGGAGUAUAUCCUCUCCCUCGUCAUGCAUCACAUCAUCUCGGACGGCUGGUCCGUUGACAUCCUGAGACAGGAGCUCGGCCAAUUCUACUCAGCCGCAUUACGUGGCAGGGAUCCGUUAUCUCAGGUCAAGCCCCUCCCAAUACAAUAUCGUGACUUUGCGGCUUGGCAGAAGGAAGCUGCCCAAGUUGCCGAGCAUGAGAGGCAGCUCGCGUACUGGGAGAAUCAGUUAAAUGACAGUACUCCCGGUGAGCUUCUGACCGACUUCCCCCGCCCACAGGUCCUGAGUGGGAAGGCUGGUGUCAUCCCCGUCACCAUUGAGGGGCCGGUCUACGAGAGGCUCCUGAAGUUCUCCAAGGAGCGCCAGGUAACUCUGUUCUCGGUCCUAUUAGCAGCGUUCCGGGCCACGCACUAUCGUCUCACUGGUGCAGAGGAUGCUACCAUCGGUACGCCAAUCGCAAAUCGCAACCGGCCAGAACUCGAGCAUAUCAUUGGAUUCUUCGUCAACUCCCAAUGCAUGCGUCUUCUCCUCGAUACCAGCAGCACAUUCGAAUCCCUUGUCCAGCAUGUCCGGUCCGUGGCUACAGAUGCCUAUUCGAAUCAGGAUAUCCCCUUCGAACGCAUCGUCUCGGCACUUCUCCCCGGCUCGAGAGAUGCCUCACGAAGCCCACUAAUCCAGCUCAUGUUUGCCUUGCACUCACAGCCAGAUCUCGGGAACAUUACCCUCGAAGGACUCGAGCAUGAGCGCCUGCCAACAAGCGUCGCAACACGGUUCGACAUGGAGUUCCACCUGUUCCAAGAGCCUAACAAGCUGAGCGGUUCAAUACUCUUUGCCGAUGAGCUCUUCCAGCCUGAAACAAUCAAUAGCGUCGUUACUGUGUUCCAGGAGAUACUUCGACGCGGCCUCGACCAACCACAAGUCUCCAUUUCUACCAUGCCCCUGACUGAUGGGCUGAUUGAUCUCGAGAAACUGGGCUUGCUGGAGAUCGAGAGCACCAACUUCCCUCGCGACUGCUCAGUUGUCGACGUCUUCCGACAGCAGGUGGCUGCCAAUCCAGAUGCGCCCGCUGUCGUGGAUUCGGAGACAUCCAUGAGCUACACCUCGCUAGAUCAGAAGUCUGACCAGAUUGCUGCCUGGUUACACGCUCAAGGCCUCCGCCCUGAGUCAUUGAUCUGCGUCAUGGCGCCACGAUCUUGCGAAACGAUCAUCUCCUUAUUCGGUGUCUUGAAGGCUGGCUACGCCUACCUGCCUCUGGAUGUGAAUGCCCCUGCGGCUCGAAUCCAAUCGAUCCUAUCCGAGGUUGAAGGAAAAAGACUAGUACUGCUAGGAUCAGGGACAGACAUGCCUCAAAGCGACCGGAUGGAUGUUGAAACCACCCGAAUUCAGGACAUCCUAACGAACACCAAGGUCGAGAUCUCUGAUCCCAUCGGCAGGCCAUCGGCAGCUAGCCUUGCCUAUGUCAUCUUCACAUCCGGGUCAACUGGCCGUCCCAAGGGCGUGAUGAUCGAGCAUCGCAGCAUUCUGCGCCUUGUCAAGCAGUCCAAUGUUACGUCUCGGCUGCCGCAGGAUCUGCGCAUGGCGCACAUCUCUAACCUGGCCUUUGACGCGUCUAUCUGGGAGAUAUUCACGGCAAUUCUGAAUGGCGGCGCCCUUAUUUGCGUUGACUACUUCACUCUACUGGAUAGUCAUGCCCUUCGGACGACAUUCGACAAAGCCAGGGUCAAUGCUACCCUAUUCGCGCCGGCCUUGCUCAAGGAAUGCCUCAAUCACGCGCCGACCUUGUUUGAGGGUCUCGAAGUGCUCUAUAUCGGUGGCGACCGACUCGAUGCCACCGACGCAGCCAAGAUACAAGCCCUUGUGAAGGGCACGGUCUACAACGCGUACGGGCCGACAGAGAACACAGUCAUGAGCACUAUCUACAGCCUCACAGAUGAAGAGUCUUAUGCCAACGGUGUUCCAAUCGGCAAUGCUGUGAGCAACUCUGGCGCUUAUAUCAUGGACCAAGAGCAGCGCCUCGUUCCUCCCGGUGUUAUGGGAGAGCUCGUUGUGAGCGGCGAUGGUCUCGCCCGUGGCUACACCAACUCGACCCUCAAUGCUGGUCGUUUUGUUGAUAUUGUCAUCAACGAUCAGAAAGCCCGCGCAUACCGGACCGGAGAUCGCACUCGUUGCCGACCCAAGGAUGGUAGCAUCGAGUUCUUCGGCCGUAUGGAUCAGCAAGUUAAAAUCCGCGGUCAUCGAGUUGAGCCGGCCGAGGUCGAGCAAGCCAUGCUCGGCAACAAGGCUAUCCGUGAUGCAGCAGUGGUUGUUAUUCAGGCGGUGGAUGGCCAGGAAACGGAGAUGAUCGGCUUUGUUUCCAUGGCCAGCGACAGAUCCAGCGAAGAGGAGGAUGAGGCCACCAACCAAGUGCAGGAGUGGGAAGACCACUUCGAAAGCACCGCCUACGCUGGCAUUGAGGCCAUCGACCAGGCUACCCUCGGACGCGACUUCACUUCAUGGACCUCGAUGUACAACGGCAACUUCAUUGACAAGGCCGAAAUGGAGGAGUGGCUUGACGAUACAAUGCAAUCCCUCCUUGACAAAGAGGGCCCAGGUCGUGUGCUUGAGAUCGGAACAGGUACCGGCAUGGUUCUAUUCAAUUUGCCCAAGGACGAUGGCCUCAAGAGCUAUGUUGGUAUAGAGCCUUCACGAUCUGCAGUCUUGUUCGUCGAAAAAGCAGCCCAAGAUUUCCCAGGUCUGCAAGGAAAGACGCAAAUCCUUGUCGGCACAGCCGAGGACAUCAAGCUGGUCAAGGACUUCCACCCUGACGUGGUUGUCAUCAACUCGGUAGCCCAAUAUUUCCCGAGCCGGAACUACCUUGCACAGAUAGCGAGCGAGCUGAUCCACAUGACUAGCGUUAGGACGAUCUUCUUCGGAGAUAUGCGAUCCUGGGCCACCAACAGGGAUUUCCUCGUGUCCCGAGCUCUCUACAAGCUAGGUGACAAGGCUACAAAGGAUCAGAUUCGCCGGGAGGUUGCUCGACUGGAGGAGAACGAAGAUGAGUUGCUUGUUGACCCUGCAUUCUUCACCUCUUUGACCAGCCAAUGGCCCGGCAAGGUCAAGCAUGUCGAGAUCUUGCCGAAGCGGAUGAGGACGAGCAAUGAACUGAGCUCGUACCGAUAUGCUGCGGUGCUACACAUCUGCAGGGAUGGGGAGGGUAGGAACAGACAUGACAGACGUGUCCACUCAGUGGAAGAGAACGCCUGGAUCGACUUUGCGUCGUCUGGCAUGGAUCGUCACGCCCUCGUUCAGAUGCUCGAUGAACGCAGAGACGCCAAGGCUGUCGCCAUCGGCAACAUCCCUCACAGCAACACGAUCAACGAGCGACACUUUACGACAUCUCUGGACACCGAGGGAGAAGGCAUUGCCGAAGAUUCACUGGAUGGAUCCGCCUGGCAAUCGGCUACGAAGGCAAUGGCCGCGCGCUGUCCUUGCCUAUCCGUCACUGAACUGGUCGAGAUCGGCCAAGCGGCAGGAUUCAGGGUUGAGGUCAGCUGGGCUCGUCAGCGAUCCCAGCAUGGUGCACUGGACGCCGUCUUUCAUCAUCUUGAAGAUGACAGAGCAGGCCGCGUCUUGAUCAACUUCCCCACAGACUUCGAGCGUCUAUCCCCUAGCACCAGCUUGACCAGUCGGCCACUGCAGCGCAUCCAGAACCGUCGGUUCGAGUCGCAGAUCCGCGAACAGCUGCAGACGCUGCUGCCACCUUAUAUGGUUCCACCACGGAUUCUAGUGUUGGAGCGGAUGCCUCUCAACGCAAACGGCAAAGUCGACCGUAAGGAAUUGGCAAGGGAGGCGAGGACCCUGCAAACCAUCAAGCCUUCUGCCACGCGCGUGGCUCCUCGCAACGAUAUUGAAGCCAUCUUGUGCGACGAGUUCCAGGCAGUUCUUGGUGUUGCAGUCGGAGUCAUGGAUAACUUUUUCGAGCUGGGCGGACACUCCCUGAUGGCUACGAAACUGGCCGCCCGUCUCAGUCGCCGCUUCGACACCCGCAUCUCCGUCAAAGACAUCUUCAACCAACCAAUCCUGCAAGAUCUCGCGAACGUGGUCCAGACUGGCUCCGCUCCUCAUGAAGCUAUUCCAUCCACGCCCUUCUCUGGUCCCGUGGAGCAAUCCUUCUCUCAGGGCCGUCUAUGGUUCUUGGAUCAGCUGAAUCUCAAUGCAUCAUGGUACCACAUGCCGUUAGCGAGUCGCUUGCGAGGCCCGCUUCGGAUCGAGGCGCUGCAGUCAGCCCUGGCAACGAUUGAGGCGCGGCACGAAUCCCUGCGCACCACAUUCGAGGAGCAAGAUGGUGUUCCCGUUCAGAUUGUACACGCUGCGCGCAACAAGCACCUGAGAAUCAUUGACGUGUCGGGCACCGAGGAUGCGUAUCUCCCAGCAUUGAAGCAGGAGCAAGACGCCGCAUUCGACCUGACAGCUGAGCCAGGCUGGCGAGUAGCACUGUUGCGCCUAGGACCGGAUGAUCAUAUCCUAUCCAUCGUCAUGCACCACAUUAUAUCUGACGGAUGGUCGGUUGAUAUCCUGCGACAAGAACUUGGGCAGCUCUACUCGAAUGCCUCAUCGCAGCCCGCUCCUCUUCCGAUUCAAUACCGAGACUUCGCCAUCUGGCAGAAGCAGGAGAGUCAGAUCGUUGAGCACCAGAAGCAGCUGAACUACUGGAAGAGACAACUGGUCAACAGCAAGCCGGCUGAGCUCCUGGCGGACUUCACUCGUCCGAAGGCGUUGUCUGGCGAUGCUGAUGUCAUACCGAUAGAGAUUGACGACCAAGUAUAUCAGAGCCUCCGCUCGUUUUGUCGCGCUCGGCAGGUCACUAGCUUUGUUACACUCUUGGCAGCUUUCCGAGCUGCUCACUACCGCCUAACUGGGGCCGAAGAUGCAACCAUCGGCUCUCCAAUCGCCAACAGAAAUCGACCUGAGCUUGAAGGCCUCAUUGGAUGCUUUGUCAACACCCAGUGUCUCCGAAUCCCUGUCAAGAGUGAGGACACAUUUGACACGUUGGUUAAACAGGCACGAGAAGCGGCGACCGAGGCCCAGGACAACCAAGAUGUCCCGUUCGAGAGGAUCGUUUCUUCUAUGGUUGCUAGCUCGCGAGAUACCUCGCGAAAUCCACUCGUCCAGGUCAUGUUUGCUGUGCACUCUCAGCACGACCUUGGUAAUAUUCGUCUAGAAGGUGUUGAGGGAGAGCCCGUUUCGAUGGCAGCGUCCACACGCUUUGACGCGGAAAUGCACCUAUUCGAGGAUCAAGGGAUGCUCGGCGGCAACGUCGUCUUUUCCAAGGAUCUGUUUGAAUCCGAGACGAUCCUCAGCGUCGUGGCCGUGUUCCAGGAGACCCUGAGGCGUGGCCUAGCCAAUCCUCACGCAAAUCUCGCAACGCUUCCUCUUACCGAUGGAUUGCCCAGUCUUCGAAGCCUAUGUCUUCAGGUCGAUCAGCCUGACUACCCCCGAGAUGCCUCCGUGAUCGACGUUUUCAGAGAGCAGGUAGCAUCGAUGCCCAAGUCUAUCGCCGUUAUCGAUGCUUCUUCGCAGCUCACCUACGCCGAGCUCGACGAGAGAUCUAGCCAGCUCGCCACGUGGCUACGCCGACAAGAUACAGUCCCCGAGGAGCUGGUCGGCGUCCUCGCUCCACGGUCCUGUGAAGCAAUCAUCGCUUUCCUCGGCAUCCUCAAGGCGAAUCUCGCUUAUCUGCCACUUGACAUCAACGCACCCGCUGGUCGCAUCGAGACAAUCCUGUCAUCUCUACCAGGAAACAGGCUUAUCUUACUGGGAUCAGAUACUGAGGUGGUCAAGCUUCACGCAAACAACGUUCGAUUCACCCGGAUCAGCGACGCCCUCGUCAAGAGCGGCAGCCCCCCUACCGAAGAACUUUCCACGCGGCCAACUGCACAAAGCCUUGCCUAUGUCAUGUUCACAUCAGGCUCAACUGGCGUCCCGAAGGGUGUCAUGGUAGAGCACCGAGGUAUCACACGUCUCGUGAAAAACAGCAACGUGGUCGCAAAGCAACCGGCAGCAGCUGCCAUCGCUCAUCUUUCGAACCUUGCUUUCGACGCCUCUACCUGGGAGAUCUACGCUCCUCUCCUCAACGGUGGUACAGUCGUCUGCAUUGAUUACUACACCACGGUCGAUAUCAAAGCCCUCGAGGCGGCAUUCAACCACCACCACAUCCGCGGAGCAAUGCUUCCACCGGCACUUCUGAAGCAGUGUUUGGUCUCUGCCCCUACUAUGAUCAGUUCUCUGGAGAUACUUUUCGCCGCCGGCGAUCGGUUGAGCAGUCAAGAUGCCAUCCUGGCGCAACGUGCCGUUGGUUCGGGCCUUUACAACGCUUACGGCCCUACAGAGAACACGGUCCUAAGUACGAUACACAACAUCGGCGAGAAUGAGGCAUUUGCGAAUGGCGUUCCCAUUGGCAACGCUGUUAGUAACUCCGGUGCACUUAUCAUGGAUCAAAAUCAGCAGCAAGUCUCCGCCGGGGUGAUGGGAGAGCUUGUUGUAACCGGAGAUGGCCUUGCUCGCGGAUACAUAGAUUCCAAGCUUGGGGUGGAUCGAUUCAUCUACAUUACCCUUGAUGGGAACCGGGUCAGAGCUUACCGCACGGGCGAUCGUGUCAGGUACCGACCUAAAGAUGUACAAAUCGAGUUCUUCGGCCGAAUGGAUCAGCAGAUCAAGAUCCGUGGUCAUCGCAUCGAGCCAGCAGAGGUGGAGCAUGCUCUCGCCCGUGACCCGGCCAUCAGCGAUUCGGCUGUCAUCACUCAGCUCACGGAUGAAGAGGAGCCGGAGCUGGUGGCUUUCUUCUCAUUGAAGGGGAAUGCCAACGGCACCAACGGUGUCAACGGUGUGAGCGAUCAAGACAAGAUGGACGAUGAGCAACAUGCUCUGCUGAUGGAGAGCAAGAUCCGUCACAACCUACAGGCGCUGCUGCCCACUUACAUGAUCCCCUCGCGGAUCAUCCAUGUCGAUCAGCUACCAGUCAAUGCCAACGGCAAGGUUGACCGCAAUGAGCUUGCUGUUCGAGCACAGGCAACGCCAAGGACCAGUUCAGUAUCAACCUACGUGGCCCCUCGCAACGAUGUCGAAACCAUUAUCUGUGAGGAAUUCGCAGAUAUCCUCAGCGUUCGAGUCGGAAUCACAGAUAACUUAUUCGACCUAGGUGGACACUCGCUUAUAGCCACCAAGCUAGCCGCCCGCCUCAGCCGUCGACUAGAUACUCGCGUGUCUGUCAGGGAGGUCUUUGACACUCCCGUGGUGGGCCAAUUAGCGGCUUCUAUCCAGCAAGGCUCGACCCCUCAUGAAGCUAUUCCGGCGUUAUCACACUCGGGACCUGUGCAGCAGUCCUUUGCUCAAGGCCGUCUUUGGUUCCUGGACCGUUUCAACCUCAACGCUGCCUGGUACAUCAUGCCAUUCGGCGUUCGUCUUCGCGGACCUCUGCGAGUCGAUGCACUUCAGACUGCAUUGAGGGCUCUCGAAGAACGGCACGAGUUGCUACGCACCACGUUCGAAGAACAGGAUGGCGUUGACAUCUCUGGCGCUGAUGAGGAUCUUGCGAAGCUGAAGGAGGAGCAGCAAGCUCCUUUCAAUCUCUCUACUGACGUCGCUUGGAGGGUAGCACUCUUCAAGGCUGGAGAGAACCACCACAUCCUCUCCAUCGUCAUGCAUCACAUAAUCUCAGAUGGCUGGUCAGUUGACAUCUUCCAGCAGGAGCUUGCCCAAUUCUACUCGGCAGCUGUGCGAGGGCAUGACCCCCUUUCCCAGGUCAACCCGCUCCCCAUUCGCUACCGCGAUUUUGCUGUCUGGCAGAGACAAGAUGAGCAAGUUGCCGUUCACGAAAGCCAACUUCAGUACUGGACAGAGCAGCUCGCGGAUAGCACGCCAGCCGAGAUCCUAACUGAUUUCAACCGGCCGAAGGUCUUGUCCGGCGAAGCUGGCACAGUCCCCAUCGUGAUCGAGGACGAGGUUUACGAGAAGCUCUCCCUCUUCUGCCGCAAUCAUCACGUCACCAGCUUCGUCGUACUUCUGGCUGCUUUCCGCGUUGCCCAUUAUCGCCUAGCCGGGGCAGAGGAUGCGACCAUCGGCACGCCAAUCGCGAACCGCAACCGCCCCGAGCUUGAGGACUUGAUCGGUUUCUUUGUCAAUACACAAUGCAUGAGAAUCACGCUCGAAGAACACGACAACUUCCUGUCAGUGGUGCAAAGAGUUCGCUCAACAGCAGCCAGCGCCUUCGAAAACCAGGAUGUGCCAUUCGAGCGCCUUGUAUCUGCACUUCUGCCCGGCUCCAGAGAUGCCUCCCGGAAUCCCCUCGUUCAACUCAUGUUUGUCGUCCACUCCCAGCGAAAUCUCGGUAAACUGCAGCUGGAGGGCUUGGAAGGCGAACCAACCCCGAUCACCACGACGACCCGCUUCGAUGUUGAGUUCCACCUCUUCGAACAAGACAAGGGCCUCGCCGGAAAUGUCAUCUUCGCAGCAGACUUGUUCGAGGCUGCCACUAUCCGCAACGUUGUUGACGUCUUCCACGAGAUCCUCCGUCGUGGUCUCGACCAGCCAGACAUCGCAAUUUCCACCAUGCCACUUGUCGAUGGCCUGGCGGCGCUCAACAGCCGUAACUUGCCCGCAGCUGAGGACAUCGAACCUGACUCCGCCGCCGAGGCCUCGGUGGUUGAUGUCUUUCAGGCACAAGUGGUCGCUAACCCAGAUGCCCUGGCUGUGACCGACACAUCCACAAAGCUUACCUAUGCGGAGCUGGAUCAACAAUCCGACCAUGUCGCGGCUUGGCUGUCCAAACAGAAGCUACCAGCAGAGAGCAUGGUCGUUGUUCUUGCGCCACGAUCCUCCGAGACCAUCGUAGCGUGCAUUGGCAUCCUCAAAGCGAACCUCGCAUAUCUCCCCAUGGAUUUCAACGUCCCCGAAGCCCGCCGCCAAGCAAUGCUUUCGGAGAUUUCAGGGGAGAAGUUCGUCUUGCUUGGAGCAGGAGUGCCUAUUCCUGAUAACAAGACACCUGAUGUCAGGAUAGUCCUCAUCAGCGAUAUCGUCGCCACCAAGACGGGCAAGUCCUACUUACCCAGCACUCGGCCAUCUGCAUCAAGCCUUGCCUAUGUCAUCUUCACAUCAGGCUCGACAGGCCGACCAAAGGGUGUCAUGGUCGAGCAUCGGGGUGUUCUUUCUUUGGUGAAGCAGAACGCUUCAAGAACACCACAGAGUCUGCGGAUGGCACAUGUUUCCAAUCUCGCCUUCGAUGCUUCCGUGUGGGAGAUAUUCACCACGCUGCUGAAUGGAGGAACGCUUUUCUGCAUCAGCUACUUUACUGUCCUGGACAGCAAAGCACUUUGCGCCGCCUUCACCGAUCAUCGCAUCAACAUCACCCUGCUCCCACCGGCCUUGCUCAAGCAAUGUCUUGCAGACGCACCAUCUGUCCUGAGCUCCCUCGAGGCUCUAUACAUUGGAGGCGACCGCCUUGAUGGAGCUGAUGCAACCAAGGUCAAGGACCUCGUCAAAGGCAAGGCCUACAAUGCCUACGGUCCCACCGAGAAUUCCGUCAUGAGCACGAUCUAUACCAUCGAGCACGAGACUUUUGCGAAUGGCGUCCCCAUCGGCACUUCUCUAGGCCCUAAGUCCAGAGCCUACAUCAUGGACCAGGAUCAGCAGCUCGUACCAGCAGGUGUGAUGGGAGAGCUUGUCGUUACCGGCGGCGGUCUCGCACGGGGGUAUACCGAUCCAUCACUGAACACUGGCCGGUUUAUCCACAUCACGAUCGAUGGCAGACAAGUUCAGGCAUACCGGACCGGCGAUCGAGUCAGAUACCGGCCUAGGGACUACCAAAUCGAGUUUUUUGGCCGUUUAGACCAGCAGAUCAAGAUCCGCGGUCAUCGCAUCGAACCAGCUGAAGUGGAGCAGGCUCUUCUCAGCGACUCAUCGAUCAACGAUGCCGUUGUUGUGUCGGCGCAAAACAAGGAGGAACUCGAAAUGGUUGGCUACAUCACGACCCAGGCUGCACAAUCCGUCGACAAGGAGGAAGCCAGCAACAAGGUGCAGGAGUGGGAGGCUCAUUUCGACUCGACUGCAUAUGCCAACAUUGGGGCCAUUGAUCGCGAUGCCCUCGGACAGGACUUCUUAUCCUGGACAUCCAUGUACGACGGCUCAUUAAUUCCCCGGGAGGAGAUGCAGGAAUGGCUCAGCGACACUAUGCACUCACUCCUCGACAACCAGCCGCCCGGAAGAGUGCUCGAGAUCGGAACUGGUACCGGUAUGGUGCUUUUCAAUCUCGGCAAGGUUGAGGGACUACAGAGCUAUGUCGGUCUUGAGCCCUCGCGCUCCGUCACUGCCUGGGUUAACAAGGCAAUCGAAACUUUCCCAAGCCUGGCAGGAAGCGCCCGAGUCCACGUUGGAACCGCCGAGGAUGUCAACUCCAUCAAUGGACUGCGUGCCGAUCUCGUUGUGAUCAACUCGGUCGCCCAAUACUUCCCAAGUCGAGAAUAUCUCGCUGAGCUGACGGCCAACUUGACUCGACUGCCCGGUGUCAAGCGUAUUUUCUUCGGCGACAUGAGAACCUAUGCCACCAAUAAGGACUUCUUGGUGGCACGAGCAGUCCAUACCCUAGGGCCCAAUGCAUCUAAGGCCAUGGUUCGACAACAAGUGGCCAAGCUUGAAGAUGACGAGGAAGAGUUGCUUAUUGACCCUGCCUUCUUCACCAGCCUGAGCGACCAGUUCCCUGACGAAAUCAAGCACGUCGAGAUUCUGCCAAAGAGGAUGGCCGCGACCAACGAACUCAGCUCUUACCGAUAUGCUGCUGUCAUUCAUGUGGGAGGCCACGAGAUGCCGAAUGGGGAGGAUGAGGAUCAGCAAUGGGCUGUCAAGGAUAUCGAUCCGAAGGCCUGGGUGGACUUCGCCGGCACGGGGAUGGACCGUCAGGCUCUCUUGCAGCUCCUCCAGGACCGCCAACGUGGCGAUGACGUUGUUGCCGUCAGUAACGUGCCAUACAGCAAGACCAUCAUGGAGCGCCAUCUGUCUCAGUCACUUGACGAUGACGAGGACGGCACUUCAGAUGCAGACGGAACGGCCUGGAUAUCGGCCACUCAAUCACGGGCGAAGGAACGCCCUGCUCUCUCAGUGGCCGACCUGAUUGAGAUUGGUAAGGGGAUCGGCUUCCAAGUUGAGACCAGCUGGGCUCGACAACACUCCCAGCGCGGCGGACUCGAUGCUGUUUUCCACCGAUUCGAAAAGCCAAGACACUCGGGUCAUGUCAUGUUCAGGUUCCCAACUGAACACAAGGGCCGGUCCUCGAGCAGUCUCACGAAUCGCCCGCUACACCUGGUUCAGAGCCGCCGGCUGGAGGCAAAGGUCCGCGAGCGGCUGCAAUCGCUGCUUCCAUCGUACAUGAUUCCCUCUCGGAUCAUGUUGCUCGAUCAGAUGCCUCUCACGUCCAACGGCAAGGUGGAUCGCAAGAAGCUCGCUCGACAAGCCCGGGUCAUCCCAACAAUUGCCGCAAGCACGUUGGACUUUGUGGCGCCACGCACGGAAAUCGAGGUCGUCCUCUGCGAAGAAUUUACCGAUCUACUAGGCGUUAAGGUCGGCAUUACAGACAACUUCUUCGAGUUGGGCGGCCAUUCGCUGUUGGCCACGAAACUGAGCGCACGUCUAAGUCGCAGACUGGACGCCGGUGUCACUGUGAAGCAGGUCUUUGACCAGCCAGUACUUGCUGAUCUUGCUGCUUCUAUUCGUCAAGGCUCGUCCCGUCACAGGCCUAUCCCGUCUUUACCCUACGAAGGGCCCGUGGAGCAGUCCUUUGCCCAGGGGCGCCUGUGGUUCCUCGACCAGUUCAACAUCGAUGCCUUGUGGUACCUUAUGCCACUUGCACUUCGCAUCCGCGGGCCGCUGCAAGUUGACGCCCUCGCUGCUGCCCUGGUGGCGCUUGAAGAGCGUCAUGAAUCUCUGCGCACAACGUUUGAGGAACGAGACGGAGUCGGCAUCCAAGUGGUGCAACCCCUCCGCAUGACCAAGGAUAUCCGGAUCAUCGACGUGUCCGGCAUGCGGGACAACGACGCCUACCUCGAGCCAUUGCAGAAAGAACAGCAGACUCCUUUCGACCUUGCUUCAGAGCCUGGCUGGAGGGUAGCGCUGCUGAAACUUAGAAAGGAUGACCACAUCCUCUCUAUUGUCAUGCACCACAUUAUCUCCGACGGGUGGUCUACUGAAGUCUUGCAAAAGGAACUCAGUCAAUUCUACUCAGCAGCGAAAUCCGGGAAAGCCCCCUUAUCGCAGGUUGCCCCGCUUCCUAUCCAGUAUCGCGAUUUUGCUGUCUGGCAGAGACAAGAGGAACAGGUCGCCGAGAGUCAAAGGCAGCUCGGCUACUGGAAGAAGCAGCUUGCAGACAGCAGCCCGGCCGAGCUCUUGGCCGACUACACCAGGCCGAGCGUACUGUCUGGAGAGGCGGGCAGCGUGUCCUUCAUCAUCAACGAUUCAGUUUACAAGAACCUCCUCUCCUUCUGCCGGUCUCGCCAAGUAACCACCUUUGCGACUCUACUAGCAGCGUUCCGCGCCGCUCACUAUCGAAUGACCGGGUCAGACGACGCAACCAUCGGCACGCCAAUUGCCAAUCGCAACAGGCCUGAGCUUGAAAAUCUGAUCGGCUGCUUCGUCAAUACCCAGUGCAUGCGCAUCACCAUCGGCGACGAUGAGACAUUUGAAUCACUGGUACAGCAGGUACGGUCUACCACCGCGACAGCCUUCGAGAAUCAAGACGUUCCGUUUGAACGAAUCGUUUCUGCCCUCAGCGCCGGGUCCAGGGAUACGUCCCGAAACCCCCUGGUACAGCUUCUCUUUGCGGUUCAUUCUCAACAAGGCCUAGGCAGGAUCCAGCUCGACGGCGUAGUCGAUGAGCCGGUUCCGUCGACCGUUUCGACUCGGUUCGAUCUCGAAUUCCACGCCUUCCAAGAGGCCGACCGGCUAAAUGGAAGCGUUAUGUUUGCCACGGACCUGUUCCAGCCCGAGACCAUCCAAGGCUUCGUUGCGGUUGUCGAAGAGGUCCUACAGCGUGGCCUGGAACAGCCACAGAGCCCCAUCGCAACCAUGCCGCUGGCCGAAGGCAUCGCCCAGCUCCGAGAUGCCGGCGCGCUGCAGACGCCAAAGUCCGGUUACCCUCGCAACGCAUCCCUCGUCGAUGUCUUCCAGCAGCAGGCUGCUGCCAGCCCGUCAACUAUCGCCGUCACUGACUCGACCUCCAAGCUGACGUAUGCCGAGCUGGAUCGACUCUCCGACCAAGUUGCUUCCUAUCUGCGUCGGCAGCAACUCCCGGCGGAGACGAUGGUGGCCGUUCUCGCACCACGCUCGUGCGAGACCAUCAUCGCGUUCCUGGCUAUUCUAAAAGCAAACCUUGCCUACAUGCCUCUCGACGUCAACACGCCGUCUGCUCGCAUGGAAGUCAUCCUAUCGUCCGUCCCAGGGCGUAGUGGGCUCAUCUUGGUCGGCUCGGGUGUCCGCCAUGCUGAUGUCAAAGUACCCAACGCAAAGACGAUGCUGAUCAGCGACGCGGUUACCGGGACUGAUGCUAUUGGCACUCCCGAACCUCCGGUUGUCCGACCCGGUGCCACAAGUCUCGCAUAUGUCAUCUUCACCUCAGGGUCAACGGGCAAGCCAAAGGGUGUCAUGGUGGAGCACCGUGCCAUCAUGCGCCUUGUGAAGGACAGCAACGUCGUGGCUCACAUGCCAGCGGCGACACGGAUGGCCCACCUCACGAACAUCGCAUUCGACGUUUCACUGUUCGAGAUGUGCGCAACGCUCCUCAACGGCGGAACUCUAGUCUGCAUUGACUACCUGACCCUUCUUGACAGCACCAUGCUCCGCGAGACCUUUGAGCGUGAGCAGAUUCGCGCAGCCAUCUUCCCGCCAGCACUCCUGCAACAGUGCUUGGUCAACAUGCCCGAUGCGAUCGGCAUGUUGGAGGCCGUUUACGUUGCCGGUGAUCGCUUCCACUCCCGCGACGCCCACGCAACCCAAGCGCUGGCCGGGCCCUGUGUGUACAACGCGUAUGGCCCAACUGAGAACGCAAUCCUUAGCACGAUAUAUAACAUCGAUAAGCACGACCCGUAUGUGAACGGUGUUCCUAUCGGUAGCGCUGUCAGCAAUUCAGGGGCCUACGUCAUGGAUCGCAAUCAGCAGCUUCUCCCACCCGGUGUGAUGGGAGAGCUGGUUGUUACAGGAGAGGGAGUAGCUCGCGGCUAUACCGACCCAAGUCUCGAUACGGACCGCUUCGUCACCGUCACUAUCGAUGGCCAGCGCCAGAGAGCGUACCGCACGGGUGACCGGGUGCGAUAUCGACCAAAGGGAUUCCAGAUCGAGUUCUUCGGCCGCCUGGACCAGCAGGCCAAGAUUCGCGGCCACCGUGUUGAACUGGGCGAGGUCGAACAUGCUCUGCUCAGCCAGAAGUCAGUCAGUGAUGCAGCUGUCGUGCUCCGCACCAUGGAAGAGCAAGACCCGCAGCUGGUUGCCUUUGUGACUACUGAUCACGAAUAUCGCUCGGGUUCGAGCAACGAAGAGGAGGAGGAUCCGUACGCCACACAAGCAGCAAGCGAUAUGCGCAAGCGACUCCAGUCACUUCUGCCAUACUACAUGGUCCCGUCCCGGGUCACGAUACUCAGGCAAAUGCCUCUCAACGUCAACGGCAAGGUUGACCGAAAAGACCUCGCUCGGCGGGCCCAGAUUACUCCGACAGCAAGCAGCUCGGGCCCCGUGCAUGUGGCUCCUCGCAACGAGACCGAGGCAGCAAUCUGCGACGAGUUCGAGACCAUACUCGGAACCAAGGUGGGAAUCACGGACAACUUCUUCGAACUGGGCGGGCACUCACUCCUGGCCACCAAACUCGCUGCUCGGCUCAGCCGCCGGAUGGGCCUUCGCAUAUCCGUCAAGGAUCUGUUUGAUGAUCCCGUUCCUGUUUCUCUCGCCGGCAAGCUGGAACAGCAGCAGAGGUUCUCGGGAGAAGAUGAUGAAAGCUCGGCAGUUGGCAUUGUCCCCUUCCAACUCCUCCCCGCGGAAAUGUCGAGAGACAUCAUCCAGCGCGAUGUUGUACCUCAGAUUGAGAACGGUCACAGCACACCCCUGGACAUGUAUCCAGCCACGCAGACGCAGAUCUUCUUCCUGCACGACAAAGCAACGGGCCACCCACCCACGCCGCCACUGUUCUCCUUGGACUUCCCCGAGAACGCCGACUGCUGUCGUCUGGCAAGCGCCUGCGCCGCUCUCGUCCAGCACUUUGACAUAUUCAGAACCGUGUUCGUGUCAAGGGGCGGCCGCUUCUACCAAGUUGUUCUUGCUCACCUCGAUGUACCUGUCGAGGUCAUCGAGACCGAGCAAGAGUUGGACGAGGCUGCCCUCGCGCUGCAUGAAGCAGACAAGCAGCAGCCCCUGCGUCUGGGACGUGUGAUGCUGCGGAUCGCCAUCCUCAAGAGACCGGGAGCCAAGGUGCGACUUGUUCUCCGAAUGUCUCAUGCCCUGUACGACGGCCUGAGUCUUGAACACAUCGUCAACGCUCUGCAUGCCUUGUACAGUGGUAAGCACCUUGCGCAAGCGCCCAAGUUUGGUCUCUACAUGCAUCACAUGGCUAGCCGACGUGCGGAGGGCUACAAUUUCUGGCGAUCUAUUCUUCAGGGCUCUUCAAUGACAUCGCUUAAGCGCUCUCCCGGCGCCCUCGAGGCCAUGACGCCGUCCGCUGCCGGUACAUGGCAGACGUCAAAGUCCAUCAGGAUUCCUCCUUCGGCACUCAAGAACGGCAUUACGCAGGCGACCCUCUUCACCGCCGCCGUCUCUCUCUUGCUCGCCAAGCAUACCAAGUCGAGAGACGUCGUCUUCGGCCGCGUCGUAUCUGGACGACAGGAUCUAUCCGCAAACUGCCAAGACAUGGUGGGACCUUGCAUCAACGAGGUGCCUGUGCGCGUCCGGAUCGACGAGGGCGACGACAUGGGUGGUCUGCUGCGCGCCAUUCAGGACCAGUACACCAGCAGCUUCCGGCACGAGACUCUGGGCUUCCAAGAAGUGAAGGAGAACUGCACGGAUUGGCCUGAUGCGACCAACGAAUUCGGCUGCUGCAUUGCCUUCCAGAACUUCAACCUGCAUCCCGAGGCCGAGGUCGAAGGGCAGCAGAUUCGCCUGGAGGGUUUGCCAGCAAAGCCAGCAAAGGAUCAAGCACGCCAGGCCAAUGGUCAUGGCACGAACGGCACGAAUGGCAAGAAUGGCACUAAUGGUACCCAUGCCAACGGUACCAAUGGCAGCAACGGUGUCAAUGGUCGCGACAGCAACGUGGUUUCAGCCGCUGGCGAUCAACCUCCUGUUCACGAUCUGGACAUUGUUGGCAUGCCGGAGCCCAACGGCAGCGUCAUGAUUGGCAUUGGUGCGAGCCGGCGGAUCUUUGGAGACAAGGUCGUGGGCAGCAUUCUCAAUGACCUUUGCGAGACAAUGCUCGCUUUGAGCAGAACAUAG